AUGGACAGGUGCAGGAGAUACCCAGUGGACAUCAAGGCGGUCGGUCUUAUACAGAAUGGAAGACAACGGGUAAUAUAUCUAUAUAUUUAUGCAUGCAUUAUAUUAUAUUUAUUUAUAGUUUGUAGGGUAAGUUUUUGGGGAAUUUGUUAAACAUUUAUACAGAUUGCACAGACUAUGGGGAGAUAACAUCAUAUGAAAACCCCAUGUAAUUUUUCCUAACAAAACUCCAAUUUUAUAACUCCACAUCAUAUUGCAGUGAAUUGAAAUCCAAUCUGUACAAUUUAUGGUAAAUGAGACAAGAUGUGAUUUUUGCAAAAUUUGUGAAUUUUUCCAAAUCAGCAAUUUUUUCACUCUAAAUGUGCCAUUUUACUUUCAGCUUCUUCCAAUUUAGUGAUUAAUGAAUAAGCCGCCUCGUCCCACCUCUGACCUUAUCUACAUUUCUCAAAGUUUUUGGAAUGUAUGCAUGUAGGCAGAAAGCAGAGUCAGCCCUAGGUUGGGGUGCAAUAUUUUUAUAAUGACUGCGCAGAACAAAUUUAAAAAAGUAUUUGAAAUGGAAAUAUUUUUUUUCCUAACAAACAGCAGAAUGGUGUCAGCAUAUUUGCACUUUCAUGACGAUAAUAAAAAAAACAAAAACGAAUAUGUAUAUUAAUAAUAUUGCUAUUUAUUUAAUUUGUAUUGAGGGAUCUAUUGCCAUUCUGUUCAUACACUCAUCCUAAUAAAUGUACAUAUACCUUAAUAUUAGCUGUACUUCCUCCAUCAAAAUGGCACAUACUUACUCUCAUAAGGCAAGCUCUCUCUGUAGUAUACACACAGAUACAUGCACAUACUUUGCACAACAAAACAUGAAUGCCAACACCUUAUCCAUUUAUAAAUACAGCACACACUAUUAGACAUAAACACGUGCAUUCAUGCAAUAAUUUUAAUAAUGUGAACACUUAGCCUUGAACAUGCAUGUACAUGUGCACACACAUACGUACACACAAACUAGACUGGAAGAAACAUACAAGCACCCUGACCACUGCAGGCACCUGACACCCCCUCUCUCCCAACGCCGGAGAAAUGAAAGUUCCUAAGCAAGCACUUCCACGAGCUAAGCCCUGCAUUGCAGCAUCAGCCUUUACUGUUUGAAUGUGCCAUUGGCCGUGAUAAAUACACAUUAAAAAUGCAUUUCCUCACACCCUGCGAUAUGUUCUACUGACACACUACAUCUGUUUGCCAAAGUGAUUUUUCUUUAAGUCUCUUUUUUUAAUUUUAUCUUAACUUUGUUUAUAUUCUUUUUGUUUUAAUUGCUCUUGUACUGGUUUAUAAAUGUAUCUUUGCCUUAAUGUUGCCAAGACAUAUCGUGUAUAUUGCUUUCCUCAUUACCAUGUUUUAUGUCUAAUAAAAUGUAAAAUCCAAUAAACUUUGAUUUGAAAAAAAAUAAAAUAAAAAAUACCCUAUAUUACGGGAAUCAUUAUGUUUAAAAGACAGGUUUAUAUAUAUGGCUGGGACUCAAUAUUACUUAUUUUGAGUGAAAUUCCACUGGGUUUUGUGGUAGUGGAUGCUAUAUUUUUAAAUUACUUAAUCCAAAUGUCUGCAGAGCAGUAAAUACGUCUGGUUUGUCUGUUUUUCAGAUGUGCAUAUUUUCAAUUUUUUGGUCAGAUCGAAAUAACAUUCUUAUAUAUCGAACGUAUGAAAACUUCAAGAAUCUCGCAGUAAGUACAACAGCUAUUACCCAUAGCUCAAUCCUUAACAUGGCUGGGGAUGUAUAGUGUUAUUUAAGUGUAUUUCUCAAAGUGAAUUUCCCAUUUAAAGAGGACCUGUCACUUUUGGGGGUCUUUAUAUAUUUCCCAAAGAUACCCGAAAGUGACAGAUCCAGUAUGGGUCUGGUAUCCAUGGGGUGAAGCUGUCCCUCGCAGCCGCAACCAUCUUUAUCUUGCAGCCCUUUUCAGCACCUUGUGCUUCAGUUGCCCGGAGUUGAGUCAAUACUCUACUCUCGGGCAUGUCUAAAUCCCACGGCAGUCACUUGUGACGUCUGCUGGGAUUGGAGAAAUGUUGCUGCUUUUUAUCAAACUUUGUCAACCUCAAACUUGUCCAUAACACAAAACGGUCCCUACUUUGACAUUAAUUUAUAUUUGGAUUGUGAUGGAAUUUCAGUACAGGUCCAACCCAGUCUUGAGGUGCUGCAUAGAGUUCUGGUGACUAUAGUGUUCUUUUAAUCUCUAUAGAGUCCAGGGGUUCAGUCAUGUGCAACCAAACCCAUGUGGACAGUAUCACAUGGGCACUGACCUUCGAUCAUUCGUGGCCAGGCUUAAAUGUACAUGAUACGUUAAUAAAUCCCGCUGGUGGGAAUAAUGUUAUCAUAUGUUAUUAUAUAAUUUUAAUGUGUCUAUUUAGCAUUACCUUUAUUAUAUUUUUAGUGAAUUAAGUACAUGAUAUUAAGGGGGCUUGAAAAUCGCGCACUUUUCCAGUUGCUAAGAAACACACUGCACUACUGACUAUGUUGGUGCUCUUCAGAUAAUUCUGCAACGCAAUUGUAAAAUAUUUGACUUAUUUUUAUCAUGCAGAAAGAACUUAAACAGAAGUUCCCCUUGGAGUCGGGACUUGUUAACAAAUCUGAGCGGAUAUUACCCAUACUGAGAGGUAAGUGGGUGAGGGAAGUUUUGUUUUUGGAAAAAUGAAACAAAACAUUUUUUUGCAUACCAGGUUUUUUUGUUUUUCUUUAUCAAAGUGAAGGUUAAUUCAAAGCAAAUUAAAAAUGUAAGGGCAGAGUCGUUGAAAUGAAAGCACAUCUGACUUAGAGAAUGUUUGCAGUUCGGCUAGUUUGACUUUAAAUUUGAAUUCUCACUUAGUGGCUAGCCCUAUUCGUGUCAAUGAAUGGCGGGUUAGUUUGACACAGCUUCAUGCAUCAAUGCAGAUAGUAUUAUUAAGGAUACACCUGUUUGAACAUAAACACGGGAAAAUCAGAUUAGUUUUAACUAAGGAAUCAAAACUCUAUUCAUUAUGAGGGCAUUUAAAGUAAUUUAGUACCAAGACGUCUAAAAUACCAGGUCCUUAUAAUUACAGGUCGGUGCUACAAUUGCCUGUGAUAUAUACCCUUUUAUUUUCUCAGAAAAAAAACAACAAAAGAGCUCUUCAAAGCUGAAUACCAGAACUUUUAGAAAUUCAUUCAGCCUUGUUUAUUGUGCUGUCUUGUAUAAUGAUGUUUGUGUAUGAAUUAUACAUGGAGUGGUCUUUGUAAGCAUCCAUUUUUAAAUGGAUAAUUUGGCAGUCCUACUGACCUUCUCUGUGUGCCCUAUUAGUAAACAUGCUCACCAGCAAUUGUGGGGAGCAAAUAUUAUUUGUAUGGGGUGAUGGGGUUCAGGACCAGUGCAAUCAUCCAUGGGGUGAAGCUGUCCCUCGCAGCCGCAGCCAUCUUUACCUUGCAGCCCUUUUCAGCACCUUGUGAUUCAGUUGCCCGGAGUUGAGUCAAUACUCUACUCUCGGGCAUGUCAGAAUCCCACGGCAGUCAUUUGUGACGUCUGCUGGGGUUGGAGAAAAGUUGCUGCUUUUUAUCAAACUUUGUCAACCUCAAACUUGUCCGUAACACAAAACGGUCCCUACUUUGACAUUCAUUUAUAUUUGGAUUGUGAUGGAAUUUUUAGUACAGGUCCAACCCAGUCUUGAGGUUGUUUGAACAUAAACAACCUCAGUUUCAGACCAGUUUCAUACCCCCUUAUCCCACAUCUACCUUUUGCCUAUUUUAUCCAUUAACUUUUUGUUUUUUGCUAUCUCUCUAUCAAUUGGUGUUUUUCAUAUUAGCUAUAUGCAGAGGCCUCAAUAUGUAGAUUGUGAGGGGUAAUGACUACUUGUGGUGUUGUGUUUGUGGAGGUUGCAGUGUGUGGGCUUUAGAGGGGUUAUUUGGGAAGUUGUGUGUGGGGGGUGGCUAUAUAUGUUAUGUAUGGGCUGUGGAAGUUGUGGAUAUGCUGGCUGUGUAUGUGUGUUGCCUAUGGGAUGAAGUUGUUUAUAGGCUGUGUGCUUUGUGUGUGAUGCCUGUGGGGUAUUGUUGUGUGUAGACAGGCUGUGUGUGUUGUAAGUAGUGUCUGAGAUGGCACGCGCAUUACAAUAAAAGACAGUCAUGUUUUUGUUGCCCCCUUCUUGUUACCUUUGGAUAUCACUAGUGGUGAGGUGGGGGCUGGGAUUCUGCUUCUUGGAGAUUUUAUUGGAGAGCGAUUGGGGUCUCCACCUGUGGGUGGUGCAGCUCAUUGUAAACAAUGUUUGAUAUGGAAAAAACUGGUGAGUAUAAGUGCUCAAUAUCUAUAAUUAGCAGCAAAUCAACAACAAAGGGUUCUCUCUAUCCUUGUGAAGUGGAUAGUAAAGAUAACAGACAGGAGGUGAUCAGCGCUUAUAGGGCCACUAUAGUGCCAGGAAAACAUACUCGUACUAUAGUGCCCUGAGUGUGCCCCCACCCUCAGGGUCCCCCUCCCGCCGGGCUUUAGGGAGAGGAAGGGGUUAAAAUCUUACCUUUCUCCAGCGCCGGUCGGGGAGCUCUCCUCCUCCUCUCCUCCUUCCUAGCGACAUCAUCGGCUGAAUGCCCAUGCGUGGCAAGAGCAGCGCGCGCAUUCAGCCAGUUCAUAGGAAAGCAUUUACAAUGCUUUCCUAUGGACGCUGUCAUCUUCUCACUGUGAUUUUCACAGUAAGAAGCACGCAAGCGCCUCUAGCGGCUGUCAAUGAGACAGCCACUAGAGGCUGGAUUAACCCUCAGUGUAAACAUAGCAGUUUCUCUGAAACUGCUAUGUUUAUUAAAAAAAAAAAAAGGGUUAACCCUAGCUGGACCUGGAACCCAGACCACUUCAUUAAGCUGAAGUGGUCUGGGUGCCUAUAGUGGUCCUUUAAGAUUAUAUAUACAAACGGUACAGAUGAUACUCUUAGUAUAUGAAUUUAUAAGUACAACGCAAGAAACAAAUUAUGGUGCAGUGCAGUAGAUGUUUGUGAUGGGAGUAAAAAUGUUCAAAAGUGCAAACUCACACUUUUUAGAGCUGUCUCAGCUCUAUUACGAAGGCCUGGAUGGAAUAAUCGCGUCUAUAGAUAUAAGUGGAGGGUCUUUGGAGCUUGUUUUUAGGAUGGAGCAGAUAUAUGUGAAAAAAGACAAAAUAGGAAAUCCAGUGGUAUUGUAUAUACAAACAAUUGGUAUUGAUGGAGGAAGAUAUCCUACUUAUGUCACCCAUUGCCACUGGGGGCAGACUUAGAACUGCAGUGUAAACAUUCCAAUUUCUCUGGAACUGCAAUGUUUAACACUGCAGCACUAAGUUCAAUCGGGACCCUGCACCCUGCAAUGAGCUUUUUAUUAUUGCAAGUAUUAUUAUGUUACAUGUUUAUGUUUAUAUUGUAAUAAAUUGCUUUAUUUUACCAAAGUCCUUUUGGAGCCUCCAGGAAUCUUCAUAGGGGUAGUAGCGUCCCCACAUAAUUGGCACAGUACCUUCAUACCUCAGAGCCGGGAUUGCUAGGCUCACAAUAAGGGGAGCACCCUAUUUUACUUUCACUUUUCCACCUGGUUUUAACAGACUACAUAUAGUCUUGUCUCUUUUAUGUUUUCUUUCUGAUUUUCAUUUAACUACACAUUGGAGGUGUGGUACCAGCUUGAUUAUGGAGACAGUAUUCAUACACAGGCUCUUUUAAAUGUGAGUGUCCUGACUUCAAUAUCAUACAUUGUGUUCCACGCAACGUGCCAUCUGCACUAUACUGUAUAUUUUGUCUUUUAUAAUUUAUAUGUAUCUUAAGCCAAGUUUUUAAUCAAGUUACGUGGGGUAAGUUUACCUCAGAUAUGCACUUAGCGCUCCACUUAAAGGUGUAGGCCUACACUUACACCGGUUUAUAGGAAUAUGACAUCAGUCUGGCUCCCAGCAUCACUAAGCGGCGUGCGAGGGAGCUGAGCAGGAAGAUCAAAGCUCCCUCGCCGCCUCUGACAGUUCACCUCCUACAUGCCUGUCUGCCUAGCAGCACAAGCAGCCCCUGCAGCCCCACUGGACCCCAAGUGAGGAAUCUACUCCAACUCUCCCACGGAGGCUGGGUGGAGUUAAUUUAAAAUUAAAAAAAUAAUAAUAGUAAUUUGUGAGUGUUGGGGGAAAUGUGUAUGAGUGUGUGUCUGUCAGUCAGUGUGUGUAUCUGUGAGAGUGUGUGUGUCUGUCAGUUAAUGUGUAUAUGUCUGUGAGUGUGUGUGUCUGUGAGUGUGUAUGAGUGAGUGUGUCUGUCAGUCACUCAGUGUCUGUCAGUGAGUGUGUGUAUAUGUCUGUAAGUGUGUGUCUGUCAGUCAUUCUGUGUCUGUCUGUCAGUUAGUGUGUGUGUGUGUGUCUGUCCAUGAGUGUGUGUGUCUGUCAGUAUGUGUGAGUGUGUCUGUCAGCGUGUGUGAGUGUGUCUGUCUGUCUGUCAGUCAGUGUGUGUCUGUUAGAGUGUUUCAAAUUAGUGUUUGUGUAUGUCAUUGUUUGUUAGUGUAUUUCGGUGUGAGUCUGUCAGUGAAAGUGUGUGUUGGUUAAACAGUGUGUAUUUCAAUGCAUGCUUCAGUGAGGGAGUCUCUGUAAGUCAAAGUGUAUGCCGGCUUGACAGGAAGGGGUGGGGAAAAUUUAAAUUAGGGGGUGCCCAAGUUUGUUCAUGCUUAGGGCAGCACAGAUUCAAAAGACACCCCUGCAGUGUCCCUUUAAAGUGCUUUUUUGUCACUUUGUAGAGUCAUAAAUGCUAUUUAUUCCACAGUAAGCUUUCUGGAAGUGCAGGUGUCUGGUAGCACAGUAAAGGAAGGUGCCUGGCAAACAAAUAUAACACAGUCCAUGGCUUAACACUGGGCACUAAAUCUCUCAACACAGCCCAUGGCGUAACACUGGGCGCUAAAUCUCUCAACACAGCCCAUGGCGUAACACUGGGCGCUAAAUCUCUCAACACAGCCCAUGGCGUAACACUGGGCGCUAAAUCUCUCACCUGGUCUUUCAAGGAUCCUAUUCUAAAAAUUUUAGUUUGACCUUAAAGGGACACUUUAGCCACCAGAACAACUACAGCUUAAUGUAUAAUACAGCUUAUUGUACAGUAUACAGCUUAUUGUAUAAUACAGCUUAUUGUACAGUAUACAGCUUAAUGUAGUUGUUCUAGUGAGUAUAAUAACUCCCUUCAGGCAUUUUCCUGCAAACACUGCCUUUUCAGAGAAAAGAUAGUGUUUACAUUGCCCCUAGGGACACCUCCAAGUGGUCACUUCUCAGAUGGCCACAGGAGGUGCUUCCUGGGUCAGUGCUGCACAAUAAGCAGCCCUGCCGUUCAGCGUCCCCACGCUCUGCAUGGAAACGCUGAAUUUUCCUCAUAGAGAUGCAUAUAUUCAAUGCAUCUCUACGAGGAGGUCCUGAUUGGCCAAAAAGGCAUUUGGCCCCACCCCUCUGCUGAUUUUAGCCAAUCCAAUGCAUUGCACAGGGUGCGGAGCUAGCACCGGCAGAACCGCACGGCGCUGGAAUUAAGUUGAGUUUUAAUUUCUUUUUAAAGGGGCUGAGCGGGGGACAAGCCACCUAAAUGGUGGGUUUAACACUGUAGGGUCAGGGAUACAUGUUUGAAUUCUCACUUUUAAGAAUUGCAACCCUGCAGAACUAAUGUUACAACGUCAAUACAGAGUGCAAUCCAAGCUAGCAUAUUGUAGUUAUGAUGUUAUGUGAUGUUGGCUAACAAUGUCAUUGUUACUAAGGGGUUAAAUGAGAUAUUUUGAUUUUUCGAGUAUCUACUUCUGAAAUCAGUAACCCAGACACAGGUAUCGUUACAUUGUCAUGUUAAAGUUGAACAUUCCUUAUGAAGAUUUUCUUUUUUCUUCUGUGUGUGAUGUAAGGCAGAGUAAAUUGCUCUCAAUACCAAACCUGUUUAUCCAGCUCUCAGUAAGAUUGACAGGUCAAUGAGUAAUGCUCCAUGAACUUGCAUCAAUCACAAUGUUACACUCAGCAAGCGUGACUAUAACUGAUGCUUGCUAAGACAUUCACUAAAGAAACACAACUACCUAACAUGCUUUAUGCAAACCAUAUUACUUCCAUCCUUUCACCUGUCCCCAAAAAACCCCCACAGAACUCUUCAUCAAGGAAACAACUAGUUCACUCCUUUAUCGAAACUGAAUAUUCAGCUUUAAAGGAACACUAUAGGGUCAGGAACACAAAUGUGUAUAAAAACACUAUUUAGCCCCCCGUGUCACCCUUAAAUAAAUAGAAAACUUACCUUAUUUCAAGUGCUGUGUGGUUUCAGAGACACUGUACAGCACUGAACGUCGCACUGCGCAACACUGACCCAGGGAGCACCUCCAGUGGCCAUCUUAGGGGUGGCCACUAGAGGUGUUCCUAGACUGUAAUGUAAACACUGAAAAUACUCUGAAAAUACAGUGUUUACUGCAAAAAAGCCUACAGGGACUGGCAAAACAUAUCCAAAUAACUACAUUAAGGGCAGUCUAUAAUAUGAUUAGGACCCUGGGCAACGCAUUUUCUUGGGCCCCCUGGAAGGAAGUGACGCUCGGCACUCACUUCCUCCCAGCUGGCUGCCGAACAGGAAGGGACCCGAUCGUACGGUUUAAGCGUCACAGCGCCCGACCGGGCCCCUGCUGACACAUGCCCACCUUCUUAGUGUGCGGGCCAGAGCCUGGUCCAUGGAGGCUGCGCAAAUCGCGGGGCCCACUGGGUAACUGCUCUAUCAGUGCCUCUAUCAGUGUAUAUAUGUAUGUGCAUGUAAUAGAAUGUGUGUGUCCAAAGAAGCAACAUGACUUCAACGGUUGAUAUCGUAUGUGCAACAUCAUGGCAAUAUGACAACAUAUAUUAUAUUUAUACAAUACAUAUAGAUCAAUUUACAACACUGUUUCCUUAUUUGAUACUUCAUUAUUUGACAAAUCAUUUUAAAAAAGUUUUUCUGUCCAACCAAAAUUUUUGUUAUGUUUCCAUAUAAUAAUGUGCUAUCUACACUUGCUGAAAGGAAAAAUAUCUUUAAACGUUACUUCCCAGACACACAAAUAACUUGGAUUCUGGAGUAGUUUUAUUUGCAAACUGCUUGGUAGUGAAGGUCUUAAAGAGAAAGGAUCGAAUAACAAUAGUGGCACUCCACUGUAGUUUUGUUUUGUUUGUUGUGUGUGUUACUAUCAGAGAGUGAAGUAUGCUAGAGGCUAUUUGAUAUGAAUUACAGUUUAAUGUUUUAAAGGUAUACUAUAGGCACCCAGACCACUUCAACUAAUUGAAGUGGUCUGGGUGCAGUGUAAUUGUCCCCUUAAUCCUGCAACUGAACAUUUUGCACUUUUAGGGUUGACUGCCUCUAGUGACGCUGAUAUUAGGUAAGUAAAACCGAGUAGUGCAGAAAAAACCCUUAUGUCACAUACCUAGCUCCAGGGCUGACUCGAACCCACCUUCACUCCUCCCUGCCAACGUCAGUCAAUGAUUUCCUACAGGGAUUCCAGUGAUGCUGGAAGUGAUUGUCCAUAGCGUGAGGACGUCCAGCGUCAUUUAAGUGACCAAAAGUCGCCUAACCACCCAGAAGUGAUCUAGUGGCUAUCUGGUAAACAGUCACUAAAGGUUAACUCUAGCAGGUUUUAUUGCAGUUUAUUAAAAACUGCAAUGAUUACCUGCUCAAGGUUAAGGGUGCUGGGACACUGCACCCAGACCACUUCAAUGAGCUGUAUAGGUCUGGGUGCCUAUAGUGUCCGUUUAAAGAUGCGCCAAUUCAUAUGGUGUGUAUUUUUGGUUGGUUGGUAAUUACCAUCACUUGUUGAGGAAGACUGGGACAGCAGAAGGUUAACAUAGCUGCGGUCAGUUGUUUGAGAGAACCCCCUUAUUUCUGUCAAAUUCAUUCAUACUUCCUGAGACAUGACUGUCCCCCUCUUUUACAGCUACUCCUGCUUUCUUAUGUUAUGGUGGGCUACAAUUCUCCCACACUCCUAGACCAAACUGUAAAAGAGAUAGGCAUCCUUCUCUCCCCGCAAUGUACCUUUCAACCUAUCCUCCCUUCCCCUGCCCAAUCCUUUACUUCCUUUGAAGUUCACACUGCCUGUCUAUUUAAACCCACCCGUCUAUGAAUUGCCAUAAUUUAUCUAGCACCCCUCUCUCCCGCCCCACCCCAAUCCUGCUGGUCAUCCUAGGCUAUUCAUUGAACACUUUUCUUCCUGGCUACCCCAUGUCCUCUCCUCUAGCACUCCUUCCCUCAUUUUUGGGGACUUUAAUAUCUCAAUCAACAACCCUAACUGCCAUGAUGCCUCUUGUCUGCUCUCUAUAACCUCCUCCAUUGGACUCACACAGUGGUCUAAUUCAUCAACUCAUAGAGCAGGAAACACUCUUCAUCUCAACUUUAUCAAUCUCUCUACCAUCUCUAAUCUCUCCAAUGUUCUAUUUCCUCUAUCUGACCAUUAUCUGCUGUCCAUUGACAUCCGCAUACCCGGUACCCAAAGUACACAACCAUCACAACAUCAGUCUUGCAGAAAUCUCCAUUGUCUUGACCUACAGGAAUUCUCUACCAACCUCCAAAGUCUCCUUUCACUCAUCUCAAAUUUCACAAGCCCUAACACUGCAACCUUCCUCUACAACUCCACUCUCUCCUCUCAACUAGACAUCAUGGCACCUCCUACACUUAAAGGCAUUAAGCGCCCCCAAUUACAACCCUGGCACACAAAGCUUACCCGAUACCUUCAAAAAUGUUCCAGAACUGCUGAACGCUGCUGGAGAAAGUCUCACUCUGCACCUGACUUCCUCCACUAUAAAUUUAUGCUGCACUCCUACAGUCUGGCACUUUCCUCUUCAAAAGAAAACUACUUCAAUACACUCAUAACCACACUCUCCUGCGAGCCCAAACAACUGUUUCAUGCUUUUAACUCUCUUCUGCGCCCUGCUGUGCCUCCUCCUCCUACCAACUUGACCGCCACAAACUUUGCAACUCCCUUCACUGAGAAGAUCUCUCCAAUUAGGGAAGAGAUCUCUCAUCUCUCUCCAUCCACUACCAACUUUUCCUGUGACCACACUCGCUCAGAUGUCCUAUGUUCAUUUGCACCCACUACAGCAGGAGAGGUUUCUGCGUAGGGCGCUGCUUAAAGAGGCGUGCCGCUGGCCAUGUUACCAGGCACUAGGGACACUUACAUGUCUGCUGACUAGCGCCUGUGUAACACUGGUCCGGCGCCAUCCACCUCAGCCUGCUCAUCCAGGGCCCCCAGAAGCACUCCCACUGCCGUAACAGUGCAAGGAUGCUUCAAUUUCUCACUCGCAGUAUGGGUCGCACUAUGGGUAAGCUUGUGUCUGCAUGUAUCAGUGUGUGUCAGUGUAUGUGCCUGUAUGGUCCAGUAUGUGUGUCUGCAUGAGACAGUGUGUAUCUGCAUGGGUCAGUGUGUGUGUGCACAUCAGCCUGCAUUCAUCAUUGUGUGUGUGUCAGUCUGAAUGGGUCAGUGUGUGUCAGUGAGUGUGUGUCAGCCUGCAUGAGUGGGUGGAGCAAACGGGCGGCAAAAAUUUUUUGCCUGGGGCGGUAAAAUUCCCUGCACCGGCCCUGUGCGGAUGACACACAAAUUUAUCUGUCCUCCGCUGAUUUCUCACCACCCCUCUUGACUCGUGUCUCUGAAUGCCUUGCUAUUUCCAACUGGAUGGCUGCUCAUUUCCUUAAACUGAACCUGUCCAAAACAGAACUUCUGGUCUUCCCUCCCUCAAGUGUUGCUACUCGCAUGUCCCCUUUAAGAGAAAGGAUCUACAGCUCUACCUCGAGGUAUUCUCUUUGACUCUGACCUCUUCUUCACCCCUCAUGUCCAAUCAAUCACCAAAUCCUGCCACUUCCAUCUCACAAAUAUUGCGCACAUCCGACCCUAUUUAACGCCUGAUACGGCAAAGGUGCUUGCCCAUGCCACUGUCUUCUCUCGCCUUGACUACUGUAAUCCGCUUCUCAGUGGUCCUACGUGUUCCCAACUUGCUCCGUUACAGUCUAUAAUGAAUAUGGUGGCGAGGUUCAUCUUCCUGUCCGCAUGCACCUCCCAUGCCUCCCCUCUUUGUCAGUCCCUACAUUGGCUUCCCGUAAGAUAUAGGACUCAAUUUAAGAUCCUGAUACUUGCUUACAGAUCUCUACACAAUGCUUCUCCAACCUACUUACCCUCACUAUUACACAAAUAUGUCCCGUCUAGGCCACUACGCUCUGCCGUAGACCUUCAUCUAACCUCUGUUCGUACUUCUACCUCUGAUGCUCACCUUAAAGACUUCUCUGGGGCUGCACCGUUCUUAAGGAAUGCCCUUCCCCUCUCUGCUAGACUCUCACCCAAUCUCUACUCCUUCAAACAAUCUGUGAAAACGUACUUCUUUAGGAAAGCAUAUCAAUUAAACUGUGAACCGCUUUCCCUCCCUGCACCCUGAUUUCUCUCCUGAAACUGUAAUCAAAACAAAACACUAAGCCCUCAAUGGAUACUAUCCUAGCAACCUACUUUUCUACCCUACCCUUACCUUUUGUGUCACUAUACCCCACUCCCUCUAGCAUGUAAGCUCAUUGAUCAGGGCCCUCAACCCCUCUGUUCCAGUGCGUCCAACUCGUCUGGUUACAAAUACAUGUCUGUUCGUCCACCCAUUGUACAGCGCUACGGAACUUGCUGGCGCUUUAUAAAUAAUAAUAAUAAUAACAAUAAUAAUGUAGAGGGAAAUACAUAUAACCUGUGCACCACUGGUCCUUUGUAAUUAUUAGAAUGAUAGAUUAUUUGAGUCCAAGAGAUUGGUAACCAUUAGGCCCCGGGAAGGGGCAGAAACAUUAAAUCCACCCUCACUGAACAUCUAAAACACUUGUCAAGCCCUAAAAAUGCAUUCCUUAUUUCUAUUUUUUUCAGUCCACUUUCUGUGUAAGGUUCAAAUGGCAGCAGGGCAGUAAUUGUCUUUCCACUCUGAUUUAAAAUUGGUCCUUGGACUCCUCAAUCAUUUUUUAUAUUCUGGUAUUUUAUAAUAUAUUAUAAUAUGAUAUAUUAUUGACCAGCAUGCUUUACAGAAAUUCACUGUAAAGUAUUGCCAUGAAUCAAAGAUGGACGACAGAAUGUUAUCUAAACAUCUGGAAUGACUGUUUAAUAAAUGUAACCGGCAUAUGUGCAUUUUGAUGAAUGUGGCAAAACCUUUACCUAUCCCUCAAGUGUGUAAUGAGCCUCUAGCUGACCUGAAUUCAAAGGCUCCAUUCUCCUGUGUGCUCCACAACUCACAACCUGACGAUGAAGUUACAAAUAGGCCAAAAAUGUCAAAUUUGGCCUACAAAAUCUGGUCAGAGAUUGAACAUUUCUCCAAACAUCAUGUAAUUGUCACGUAUUCAUCCGCACAUACAAAUGUGGUUAAUGGCAUUUACUCUCCUGAUAGAAAACGUUGUGCCAAGCAACAUUACUGUCCUGACAGGAAAAGUUGUGCCGAGCAACAAUCAAAUCCACAGGUGGGUUUGUGCUGAGCAGCAAUCAUGCAAAUGGAAACUAGGUAAUUGCCAUUGGGGUCAAAGGCCUGCUACAGCCAAUCGGAUCCACAGGAGGGGUAUUUAGGUCCAAUUCGCCUCUUGCUCAGUGCCCUGUCGUGGUUUCAUGCCUAUGGUUAUCCAAGAGUGCGUUACUGAUCUUGAUUUUCUGGUAUUUGACUUUGGCUUUGUUUUGACUUCCCUGAUAUCUGGUAUCCUUGACUUUUGGCUUUCCCUCGUCUUUGUGUCUGAUUCUGUGUCCCUGACCUCGGCAAGUAUUUUGACCAUUCUUGGAGACGUUAAGUCCGGCCAUUCUAAUGUCCGGUUAUACGUUAUUCUUAGUCCUAGGUGUGACACAGUAGGCGUGCUGGAUCAAUUUGUAAUCCGGACAGUAAUCAAAUAACUCUCAUUGUGUAUCUCAGAGGAAUGUUUCAAGUGUUAUCAAAAAUUUACUGUGGGUCUUUGGGUCAUGAUGUUUUUUAUUGUGAUACGUAUACCUUAGUCUUGGGCUCUGUUGUAUUAUUUUUCUUAUUUUUUUUUAAAUCUUUUUGUUUAUUUAGUAGAGUUUUAUGAGUUAACUAAGGGAAAUUUUACUAUAUGCCUUUAGAUUUAGUGAGUGGAGUUUACGUUGGGUAGAUUAUACUGUUGCAUCAUGGACAUUGCAACAAUAUGUAUCACAUUUCUACUUGACUCAAUGGUAAUGUAUGGACAUACCUUUCUCGGAGCAGUCAUGGGACAUAUAAUUGUUAUAACUAAUAAUCAGAGUUCUCCUGGCUACAAUCCAGCGUAAUGAAUCAAGAAGUAUGUCUGUAAUUAAAAUUACAAUAAUGCGGAAUAUUAUAGUGUAGUAUCACUGAAAUUGAAUCUGAAAGUCUGGUCACAUGUGGCACUAAUGUUGUGAUGGCGAGGAAUUGAAAUGUUGGUGUCUAGACUCUCGAACUUCAUUGAUAUUUAAAAAAUAAAUCAUUUGUCGAUAAAAAGUUAAAAAAAAGAUGGCAGCCUUGGGGAAAAGCACAUGUGAGGCAAUCAGGCAGUUGUUUCUUUUGGCAAGAUUGCUGGCCUGUAGAUGUCCAUUGUGGAAUAGUAUAUUCAGUUUAGCUUGCAAUGAUCCAUUCUUUACCAUAAAUCAGGCCACAUGCCAAUUAACACAAUAGAAUUAAAGACUUUUUGUGUACAGUACACUCACAGAGAUUUUUGUUACAAAAUAUCAAUGUUGGUUUAUAUUCUGAAAUAAGAAGAGGUUAUUUUUGGUGUGACCCUAGGCUUCAAGGGGUCCGACAAGAAAAAAUAACUAAGAGGAACUUUUGUUACUUAAGUAAGAGAUUUCAUGGGUGCCAAAUGUUAAUGAAUAACCUUUCCUAAUACUGUUAAAAAAAGCUUUUAUAUUGAAGUACUUUGAGCGCCCAGUUUAUACAACCCCACCCAAGCUUUGCCCAGGGAAGAUAAAACAAAGGUGAGGGAAAUGUCCUUAUUGACAUUCUUGGUUACAGUGUAUAAAAGAAAAGCGCAAGUAUCUUUUUAAUAAUGACACAAUAAUAAAUGAAAAAGUUCAAGACAAAUAAAAAAAGUCAAAUUUAUUGGUUUUCUUUGAUGUUUGACCAACAGAUAUUGGCAUGAUAGUGUUCUCCCCACUGCCCCCCCCCCCACCCCCUUUUUUUAACAGGUUUUAUUGACAACAAGGAUUCUUUUGUGUUGAGCACUACUUUUGGUUUUAUUAAAUAAACAAUAUCAAAAUGUCAGCUAAAAAUACAAUCCCUUCCCUUUGUAAAGAAUGAAACUUUAUUGCAUUUAUCUACCUAAUGUUUAUUGCAUAUAAAUAUUCGCUGCUAUUUAACUUUGUGUCCCUGUAAAAGACGUCAUAGAAUUUUAUUUUGUUUGUAACAUAACACGCCAGAACCUCAGGUAUAGUCCGAUUUCCCAGAUAAGCCCCGUACCACCAUCUUAAGCCUCUAGGAUAAUGGGCAAUGUAUUUCACAAAUAUCUGCUUUGCUAAGAUAGAUUAAACAAGAUGAGGUUACACAAGAUAAGUGUAAGGGAAUCCUCCGAUACCGUGGUACUUGAGAGAGGACUAUGGGCUCAGGGGAGGCAGGUACACGGAGGCCCAGGGCCGCCAUCAGAAAAUGUGGGGGCCCUAACACAGCUCAAGGUCUGGGCCCCCGGGUGCCCGCCUCCAAGCCCCACCUCCAAAUCCCGCCCACAGGAAUACACACACACAGACACAAAAGGACACAGACACACACACAGAAAGAUACACACAUACUAACAGACACAAAUACUGAAACAGACAUACACACAUAUAGACACAUACACAGAUACAGAUACACACACACCCACAUACUGACAUACAGACACACACACAUACAUACAGACAUACAUACAUACUGACAAACAGACAUACAUACAAACUGACAUACAUACACAUAAAUACAUACUUACGUACAUACAUAAUGGCAUACAUACACAUACAUACUGAUAUACAUACAUAUACACACACACACACAGAUAGAUAGAUAGAUAGAUAGAUAGAUAGAUACAUACACAGAUACAUACAGACAUACACACAGACAUACAUGCACACUGACAUAUAUAUACUGAUAGACAUAUACAUACACACAUACAUACUGACAUACACACACACACACACACACACAGACAUAUAUAUACUGACAUACACACACACAGACAUACUGACAUACAUACAUACACACAUACAUACUGACACACACACAGACAUAUAUACAUACUGACAUACACACACAGACAUACAUACUGACAUACAUGCAUUUUGACAUACACCCACACACAAACAUACAUACAUACUUGCAGACACAUACACAGACAGGAUGCCAUUUGGACUGCUUUCCUCUCUCCCUCGCUCCGUAAGUAUAAAAUUAUUCUGCUGCUUUGGUCAUUCUAUUUUCCCAAACCCUUUUUCUCUCCCUGUCUCCUAAUCCUAAAUCCUCAUACUAUACUUUAACCACUUUCCCUAUUUCCAUUCCCCUCACCCUGUGCUAGUGACUCUUAGCCUGUUUUUCUUGUCAAUCAUUAUUUUAUUGUAUUUUUAUAUGGAACAAUACAGAAAGGAAAAGGCAGUUAAGACAAUGAGCGGUUUUCAACAAUGUCAAUUUUAAAUCCGUGCACAAGCGAAGAGAUACUUAGUGUUUGUUUUUUGUUCGUUUUUUUUUUGUUUUUUUGUCAUUCUUGCUUUUAUGAAGGAGUAAACAGUGUACAUGUUAAUACAGAUAUAACAGAUAACAGGUGCUACAUGUUUAUGUGGGUGUCAGAUUUUCUGUAGUUGGUAUAGUAGAAGAGUAGGCAUUGUGACUUAGCCUGUUUUUAAUAGUCUGUGGCCUGUAGGAAUAUGAGCACUGGCAUACAGGUAUAUACGCCAGUUUGCCAGCCUCUCCUCCUGUGGGGGGCCCAGGAGCUGGCCACCUCAGGGCCCCCCGAGGCUGGCAGUGGUGUUACAUGGCGGGUGCGCGAGGGAGCAUUGUGUGUGUGUUAGUGUGUGUGUCAGUGAGUGUGUUACUGUGUGUGUCUGUUACUGAGCAUGUUAGUUUGUAUGUGUCUGUUAGUGUGUGUCUGUUAGUGAGUGUGUGUUUGUCAGUGAGAGUGUAUGUUUUGUAAGUGAGUGUGUAUGUCUGUCUGUUAGUGAGUGUGUAUGUAUGUCUGUCACUGAGUGUGUGUCUGUCAGUAAAUGUGUGUGUCUGUUAGCUAGUGUGUAUGCAUCUGUUCAUGAGAGUGUGUGGUUAAAACCCCUUCAGCACUUACCUUUCUCUCUGCCCCGAUCUGCCUCUCAGCUCCGAAUGCGCAUGCGCGGCAAGAGCCGCACGCGCAUUCAAACCGCCCAUAGGAAAGCAUUACUCAAUGCUUUCCUAUGGACGUCCAGGUCUUCUCACUGUGAUUUUCACAGUGAGAAUCACGGAAGCGCCCCUAGCGGCUGUCAGUGAGACAGCCACUAAGGGCUGGAUUAACCCUCAGUGAAACAUAGCAGUGAGCUGAAGUGAUCUGAGUGCCUAUAGUGGUCCUUUAAGUGUAUGUAUCUGCAUGCAGUGGCGUACAUACCGCAGUCGCAGGAGUCGCAACCCUGCAACCCCUGCGACCAGGUGCCCCGCCGCCAUGUGUUGCGGCCCCGGCCCGCGCAGAGUAAACGCGGGGGGGCACGGAUCAAUUUUCACACCAGGGCUCCAUGGAUCGUGCGUACGCCACUGUAGCCUAUAGUUGGUUUUCCUUCAAACGCAUCAAGUUUUAAUGCCAGAAUGUGCACGUCUUGUGUCACGGAAAUGACGCCGAUGUCUGUGGCUCCAAAACCGAUGCAGACAAGACUGGUCAUAAAAGGAUGCAAGGUCUGUAUCCAAAUCGACAACAAAAUGACGCACAAGUCAAUUCCUUAGUAAGCUUGCUGUAUGGUUAGUCCCCACUAAGGUCUCAGACAAGAGACAAGGGGUCCCUAUCUGGAUUACCCGUUAGACUUUAUUCCUUUAUCCAUCAGAUAUAAAAGGAGCAUGUGCUGCUCAUUAGAGCCAGGCCUUCCAUUGGUUCUGUCAGAUACCUUUUUAACAGCUUUCCUUUGUAGAGGAAAGGUAUAACAAUAUUAAGACAGUUUCAAAGAAUGCAUUGUUAUGUAUAGAUCUAUACAUUUUGAUCAGGGCUACUUACUAAAGUGAGAAUUCAAGGUUAAUUCAAAGUGUAUUCAAAGUGAAUUUAAAAUUUAAGGCCAGAGUAGUUGAACUGAAAGCUGACUUAGAGAAUGUAGUAAUGUGCUGCAUGCUAUUUUGGUAACAAUAUUUUGUGUGGACAAUUUUUCACGAUCAAAGAACAAAUAACCACAAUUAUAUAUUUAUUAUUUAUAGUUUUAUACAGUAUGCUAUUUAGAAGACUAAAAUAUCUUUAUGUGGCACCCAGGUUUCUGUUCCUUCCAUACAAUGCUGGCAUUUUUGGAAAACGCGCUAUUUGCUAAAUAUUCGGAUAACUUCAUGAAUUUGUGACUGUAAUUCAGCAUUAUCACGCUGAUGUUACUAAUGUCCAAGUGCCGCUAAAAUAUUGUUACUUAACAUUCUGGAUAUCUAUAGUUUUCAUGUAGGAGGAAGUUCAGGGUUUAUGCAGUUGUACGUCAAACAAGAUAAGGAACAUUCCAAGCUGUAACGAAAUAGAAUAAUGGUCAUGCAGUAUAAACAAUUAAACCUGUUUCAUUUUAUUCCAAUGCCAGGCAUGUCAAACAUUGAGCCUAUGACUUUCCUAAAUUCCACUAUAACUCUAGGCACAUCUCCUCUAGACCAGUGGUUUCCAAACCAGUCCUCAAGGCAUGCCUACCAGGCCAGGAUUUAGGGAUUACCCAGAUGUGUCAAGGUGUUUUUUUUUCUUUUUCUGAAAACACAUUAGGCACAACCGGGUAAUUCAUAAAUCCUGGACUAGUAGGCGCGCCUUGAGGACUGAUUUGGAAACCACUGCUCUAGACAGUUUACGCAGCAAGAUCUAUGUUGACAUCAAGUGUAAAACAAAGCCUAGUGCUUAUUACUAAAUCUAUACAGUACAGUACUAACUAAACUUGCGCCUAACUUCACACAGGGCCUAGUGAGCAUCACAAAAUGUAUUUUGUUUUUUUCUUCAAAGAUGCUCCUCUGUUGUCCUGGGGAAGAAUCACCAGCCGUUUUGUGGAGAGACUCUAUCUUCUAGAAACGUACUCGCGGGAAUUGCUGCAAACAGAUGCCAAGCUCUCACAGAGUGACGUCAUCAUACAGUUUUUCACUCCGAAGUCAGAAGAUCUCAACCCUACGUUUCCCGAAAGCAGGUGUGGUGUCCAACAUUCACAUCUGGGAAUAAUUCAUGCUGUGUAACUUUGCCAAAGACCUAGUUUUGAAAAUACUGCAUUUGUUUCUUAUUUGCAUCAAUAUUUUAUCAUUAAUACUUGAAUAAUGUUAGAGGUCACAAAGCACUUAUUGUCCCGUCAUAGCCUUGUGUACAAGGAGUUCUCUGCCACUCUCUCUUCAAAAAUCCAUACAUAUCCACUGCCCUACAUCAGUUAGAAGCUGACAACUUGGCAUGUUGUCCUUGUCUGCUUAUAACCUUUGCCUUCCAGAUCUGUCGCCUGGUGCCGAUCGCGAGAAGGCAGAGCCUAACUUGAGGGGGCAGGGCCUAGCACUGCACACCCUGUCGAUGCACCUCUAUCUACAAAUGGCAUGGUCAUUGUGUACCUACCCAGCAUUGACUUUGGUCAGCUUUAGCUUAACUAGUUUCAUCUUCAGCCAGUCCACAAAUUUUGUUCUUCUGCAUCCUUUCACAGCAUGGGAAAAGUUGAAAAAAAAUAAAAAAAAUAAAAUAUAUAUAUAUAUAUUUUUUUUUUGUUUGUUUUGUUUUUUUAUGUUUUAAUCAAUGGGCCUAUUCUGUGGGCAUGGACUUGGAGCAUCAGUUCCAUUAACCCAUGUGUCAAUCCAGCCCUGCCCUAUAUAUCCACCCACUUGGACACCUUCAACCUGGAGAUUUAAUAGAUUUUCUUGGUAUUUUAACUAUUUGAGUCAUGCUACAUACCUAAGUUACAUAAAGCGUAACUUAAAAAAAUCAACAAAAGGUAUGCAACCAAAAUUUGUUGGUUGCAUACCUUUUCAACACUAUUAUGAUGAAACCAAAUGCCUGCAUAAUAACAUAAUCUGUUUAAAGGAAUGCUGUGGUGUUAAGAAUACAAACAUUAUUCUUAACGCUAUAGUGUUCUGUUCCUUAUUUAGAUACAGGGCUCCCAUAAAUAAAAUUUAAAAAGAGAGGGAAAGGGUUUUACUCGCCUUUUUCCCCCCAUAAAAUCCACUGCUUCUCUUUGAUCAGCAUUACAAGACAUGCUACAUCCUCAUGCAACGUGUGAGGAAGUCUAGCGUCAAAUUAAUGAGUCUGACUUGGUUAUUGCACUGGAGGCGCCUCUAGUGGCUGUCUGGGUCUGGAAGACAAUCACUGCAGGUUUUCCUAAUGUAAAUAUUGGGGUAUCUACAAAACAGCAAUGUUUUACAAUGUAGGAGUAAAUUGACAGGGUCGUGCACCAGGACAACUUCAUCUCAUCUGGGUUCUGAUAGUGGUCCUUAAUUGGAGUCCACCCAUGUGAAGUGUUCAUUCACCACACAAAAGAUGGGUUCCUUCUGGUUUCUAGAGCACUCCUUGUGAAAAUUAUUGUUACACCGUAACAUCGGGGUUAUUCACAGUUAGAUAUGGACUUUAUUGACUAUAAUUCAUAAACAGUUGGAAAUUAAUGUUGAAUUUAGUAUGGCUUAUUUCACAGCAUGGUGAUAAUGCCUUCAGAAAAUGACAAAGAAAAUAAGGAAGUCAAAACUGCUCCCCAGCAAAACCUUCAAACGAUCACUCAGCCAAUUAUAUCUCAGAGCUACUUCUGUCUAGAAAGCUUCGAAACUAAAGAUACCAAAAACCGACCAUUCAAAGUCAAGAAAGACGACACCAUCGAUGUCCUCAUUAAAGACUCGACUGGUGAGUGUUCUGACUUUUUGUCCAUCCUUGAUGUAACCACUAUGAGUGACCACAAGUGGCACCAUAACAUCGUACAGGAAUACAAAUGUCAAAUGAUUAUGUUAUCCCUGGCCAAUCAAUGGCCCAUGUAAAUAUUUUACCAGGAGUGUACAUGACCGCAGUUACAAAGUCACAUUUGCUUGCUACUUUGGUCACAUGCAAAAAUAAUGAUAAACAAAACCAGGUGUUCUUUAUAAGGUAAUAUAGAAAACCUAGUCUAAGUAUUACAUUUUUGCAUAUUUCCAUUAAAAUAUUCUGUUGUACUGACAGGUAAAUAUAUGAUACGGUAACAUCUGGAUUACGUAUUCUCUUGCAGGAUGGUGGUUAGUGGAGAAUAAAGAUAAACAGCUGGCAUGGUUCCCCGCUCCAUAUCUUGUAAAAAGCAGAGAUGAAAUUAAAAUAGACUCAACGAGCACUGGUGGGUAAUUCGUAUUGUACGUCAAACUAGCCUACUCUUUGAUUAAGAGACUGACUUUAAUGCUUUUAAAUAGCAUUGUCCUUUGCGUCAUUGCGUCCAUUGAUCAUUCAUGGUCAGGAAGUGGCAAAAUGGAAGAGGAUUAGAGCCAUUAUUGGGAGUUGUAUCAUGAGGGUGGAAGGAACGUGAAAGUGUGCAUUAUGUGUUAGAAUGGUCAAGAUGUACAAGAUAAACAGAUUUAGAACAGGGCAGAAUAAUCGAUUAUCACAUACUGAGUCUUGGCAAAAUUAUCUGAUUAAUUUACGUAAUUAAACAUCUGAUGAUCGUAUGUGUUAUUGCCAAGCCCAAAUAGAUAAAUUAAAAAAGAACUGGAGGCCCAUCCAGAGAUCUUUAAACUACAGGAGUCCACGUGGCAUUAAAAAAACCUACCUUCUUUAAAAUCGUCUUUCCGCCAUAUUGUAAUGAUUCAAAUUAUUUACUCAUUUACAUUCAUAAAAUGCAUGGUUUGGUUCAUUAACUUAAUGCAGUGAUUUGCCCAAAGUCCUAAAUGAUGACACUUUACCUAUACAUUGUUUUUUACUCACAAGCAGAUUCAAAGGUAGAGCAAGCAUUUUGUCCAACAUAUCUUUAUAACAGAAUGUACCAAACAUUCUGUAGGACAUCUUUUAAAUGUAGGCCAGCUUCAUAAGGAUGAAGGCAGUCACUCUUUUACUGCAACUCAGUUUAUGUUCACUGUUGUGUUUAACUGGUUGAAAAUGUUUUAUUUGUGGUGCUUUGUACAAAAGCCACUGUGGGCUAAAGAGCGUGCACUGUUUAAAUACAAAGUAACUGAAUUUUUUUUCUCUCCUUCAUUUAGGGACAUGUUACUUUGCGGCCAAGGGUUAUGAGGCGCAAAGUGGAGAUGAGCUCUCACUGUCAGUUGGAAUUGUUGUAGAUGUAAAAGAAAAAUCAGACAUUGGUUGGUGGUAUGUCUGGUGAGGACUAGUUCAAUAUUUCUAAAAACGUGGCACAGUACCCAUGGCUGUAAACCAGGGCCGACAUAACAUGUCUAUAUUUAGUAGCACAGGUCAAAUGUGGGGAUUCUCCCCCACCCCCUCCAGUCCAAAUCUGAGAACUUCAUGUUAAGUUGUCUAAGCCAAGCUUAAAUUAAGAUAUCAUUCAACUGACAGUCAGGAGCCGGAAAGACAUUUACAAAUAAUAUCUCUCUAUUUAUACAGGCAGGCAGUAUGGGCUUUCAUUUGAUUCCAAAACAACAAAUAUAAUUAUACAUUAUAGGAUUAUUAAGGUUUUUUUUGCUUUCAUACUGAAUAUUCAAAAUAAUGUUAAUUUACCUUUUUGCCCCAUGGCCCCAUGGCCCGAUGGAAUAGAGGCAUUAUUUUGAAUGGAGCUUUCCCACUAUCAGACCAACUCCGUACUGAUAAUUGUAACCCCACCUGUAGCAACAAUAGCCAAUCAGUCUGGAUAGACCACUCACGCACACUCAAUCUCCAAUUCCCAUAGACCCAAAUGAGCUGUGCCUUAACUAGCGACGGCAACAACGUCUCACCUACCCCACUAAAAACUAGGUUCUUAAUCGCUAGCCACCAUGCAAAGCAAACCUUAUCGACAACCCUCUAGACACAGGAAGCUACCACUUUCCAUCCACGGGGAGUUAAUCCAAGGAGUAUCUAAGUGGAAUAGCCAGCCAUAAGUACCGAGGCCAAUCCCACUAGGCCCAUUGCCCACUUCGCCUUACCAAUACUAGGUUCCAGAUGCGUUGUUAGCGAGCACAGUGUGUUACACACUCAUAAUAUUAAUAUACCACUCCUCGUUACUACCUACCAGACUAGUUAAAAAAAAAAAAAAAUGUGCAAAUUGUAUUUUGUCUAUGCCUUAUACAUACCAUGUUAUCCUGUUGAAUAAUAUGUCAUUGCUGUUGUGACAAUACAAACGCAUAUGCUCUAUAUUUUGUACAGAAAAAUUUAAAGAUUUAAACUAAUAUUUUUUUUUGCAUGAAAAAUUUAAAGAUUAAAAAAACAAUAAUAAUAAUUGACAAAUGUUUAACUAAUCAUAUAAUUAUUACAGUAACAUGCAAAAUAUGAAAAAAAAUUGUCUACAGUGAGCUGAGGUAAAAUGAUUCCUGGUACGCUCAUCAUUUUCACUGAGAGCUUUUUGGAUAUCAUAAAUCCCUUUGUAAUCCACAUGUCCGUUUUAUACAGGAAGUAAUACAGUGCCGCCUGGUAGGCCCAACCACAAUUAGCUUAAUUCAUUAAAAAGUUCUAUUAAGCUAUUUGUGUAAGCAUGCACAUUAUUUCAUGUUUCGCUCAUAAAUAAUCACACAGUGUAUAUAUAUAUAUGGAAUCUAUAUAAACAUUUUCCUACCACACAGCCCAAACAGACUCUCAGUAUAGUGCAGGACUAUGUAAAUAUGUUAGUAUUAAUGUACUGUAAUGUGUAUAUAUUACUAAAAUCCCUUUCAUAUAUGUGUAAUUUUUUUUUUUUUUUUAAAUGCAUCAAGAUACAGGAUAUUCAUGGCAUUUUGAUUCAAUGUUAAUUCACAGUUAUUGUGCCAUUCGUAUAAGACCUUUUAACCACGUGAAUAUUUCCCAUUUCUUACAGCUAUAACGGGAGGUGUGGAUAUGUCCCGUCCAUGUUCCUUAAACCGUAUGUAAAUCCUCACCAGAAGCUCCAGGCUAAUAACGUUAAAAAUGGGUUUGGUUCGACUCCAAACAUCUUUGAGGCAGCGAGAAGUACCGAUGUUAGCAGGGAGUUGGUAUCAGAAGAACCAUGUGUUUUUAAUAAAGACAUGAACGGAAAAAUAAUCCUGGACAAGAGAAAGUCUCGAUCCUUGAGUGGGCUCCCAAACUUCGCACAAUGUUCUCCAGGCAUCUCUAUUCGGUCAAGUAGACAAUCGGCUCAAUCUGCUGUGGCCUGGAAUCACCAGAAUUUGGAAAACAGAAUGGAGACAAGAAAGGACUCUGGCUUUGAUGAACCUCUUUCACCUUGUUCUCCCAAUUUAUCUCCUCCUACACUUUAUAAUGACAAAAUGAUGACACCGAGGGUGCCACCAAGGCCCACGAGUCAAGAAAUACAUAACAGAUGUACCACUGUGACUAGGAAAGCAGCCCCAAAUUCAAAGAUCUGAGGAAAACUAGAUGGAUAAUUAAUCACUAAACAACAAUUUUUCAUGAAUGUACAGUGUAUAUAAGUGCAUCUCAAGGUAUCUUACAGCUCCGUGUCAAUAAAACUCACAAGGAUGUGACGUGUAGCACGAUAAGACUCACAAUAUGAGAGUGUCGCAGGAAUCCAAUGUAAUAAUGUGUCUUGAAUCAAUAAAUACAUUUUUUUUUGGUUCUCAAUUUAUCUAUUUACCCAAUGGUGAAUGUUUUUUGAACUUGCAUCAUUUAUUUAGUUGCAAAUUUUCAUCUCAGAGCACUGUCCAGACCAGUGGUGGCCCAUUUACGAUAUGUUCACCAUUGCUGAAUUAGCAUUAGUCUGUGAAAAUGUACUCUUGUUACACUAGUAAAAUCUCUCACAUUUCUGGUUGAGGAACAGAAGUCUUGCUUACGGAAUUCUUAUGUCAACAGUGUCUCCACCUGUUACCGCGUUCUCAACCAGCCUCUAUGAUGGCACAACUUUGACAUUGCAUCUUCACAGGUGACCAUUGAAUCUAAUCCAUUGUUACCGAAGGCCAACCGUUAGUUAUACACCCAACACACCAUUAACACAGAAUGUAUUCGUUGUUUUAUUGAAUGUGUUCACCAGACGUCUACAGUCUAUUCUCUGUUCUGUGUAUUUACUUAUAUUUCUAAUUUGUUCUCACAGUGACCUUUUAAUGGGUGUACUUUGGUUUUUACAUUCUUGUGAUUAUAUGUUGAUUCAAAUAAUUCUAUAAAAUUUUACGUUAAAAUAAAUAAAUAAUUUUUUUUUAAAGAUGAAUCCAUGUAUAUAUAUAUUUUUAUAUAUAUAUAUAUAUAUAUAUAUCACUCCCUUUAGAAUGUAAGCUCAUUGAGCAGGGCCCUUCACCUCUCUGUUCCUGUACGUCCAGUUGUCUGGUUACAAUUACAUGUCUGUUAGUCCACCCAUUGUACAGCGCUACGGAAUCUGAUGGCACUAUAUAAAUAAUAAAAUAAUAAUAAUAAUAAAUAAAUAUAUAUAGAAGGCUUGGCCUGUAAUUGUGGGAGGUACAUGGAACCCUACUUAAACAAAGUGAGCCCCUGCUUACCUGUCGUCGACGAUCUCGGAAGUGAUUCGCUUUACUUCUGGUUCAUGUGAUCCCGAUGUCAUUUCCCGCCCGCCGGCAGUUGCUUUGUGUUAGGCCUGAUGAUCUUCAUGUGUGUUCCAGUCAGCUCUGCCUGGCUGCCAGCAAGACCCUCAGCCAUCAGGUCCGAUACCUGGUGGGGUCAAGUGUCCCCUCUACUGGAAGCAUACCCGUGGCUCCACGUUUCCGGUUUCCGGCUUCUAAUCGUAAGUCACACUGCGGUACCGUUACCCCAGCUCGUUUUACAUCCAGGGUCAGGUACACACGUGAUACCUUCCUGGUUCCCCGUGCCCGGCUAUGUAUCUCUCUGCAGCAAUCACCACGUGGAAGCCGGUGAGGGGGAGUCACUCAUGCCAUGCUUGUCAUUAUGCUCAGGUGAACAAGUCACUCGUUGUGGGAGGAGGGUGUUUGUAAUAAUUAAUCGACAAUAGGUAAUCAAAGGUUAAUCAAUAAGUUCAGUAAGAGAGAGGGAAGUUUGGGCACUUGUUAAUACAUAAUGUACAUAUCACAUCGGUUGCUUUAGCACUAAAUUAUUGAUGUCAGCAUUUAAUGGUAAACCGCUGCAUCCAGGAUCACCCUGUACAUUUGUUACAGGAGAUAGAGCCAGGCACAGUUCCUUACCUAUACAUAUGCUGCCCGAACACACUUGCAACUCUUCAGAGCCAAUUUCACUUUCAGCUGUCGUCACAGGCUUUCUUCAUUAACCUCUACACUGACAGCUCAGUUACAGUUGUGGUUCUCGCCAUCUGGUGGCGGUGGGUUGCAUGACUAAACGGUGCAUCAAACACACCAUAUGUACCAUUCACUAGGUGAACCCUCUGACUCUCUGGGGUCCCCGGCAACGAGUUACAACCAUAUUCACCCCCCACGUACACACAAGGCUCAGGGCGUGUAAAGGGAUCCCCUUUGAAAUUUGCCAUGUACCGGCUCCGUUUAGCCAAUCAAGCGGUUAAUAGAUUAACUCCUCUACAAACGUGCGGUCCAUUUCGUGGACAUCUCCCUAUUUUGUGCUAUUCCCCCCAUUUAAGCUUGUUUCAGCUUUUCGUUUGCCAGAUAGUCAUUGUCUGGCUGAUAUCGCCACAUUGUGGCUUUUAAAAUGUUAAUUGGUUAUUUGCAUUUAAUGUUUUGCAAACUUUUGUUUAUUCCACAUUUAUUCACAUUACAGUAAAAGUUAAACUCCGGUCGUAACAGAGCUGGUAAAGCUUUUCAUUCAAUUUAAACAGCUUUCAAUGGCAAAGCAUUUAUUUUGUCACUCUAAAAACAUCCUUGUUAUUCUAUUCUCUAAAAUAUACAAAAUCAGUAUAUCCUGAUGGCAGUUAAGGUAUAAUUUUAUUAAGGUAUUUCUUCUUAUGCAUAGCUAAUGUGUUUUAUAUAAUUAUGCUAAACCGGGCAAAAUUAUGCUUAGAUUCUGUCUUGUGCAUUGCUAACUGGCGUUUCGGUUAAACUUUCGUAUGUAUUAUCCAUUCGCAUGCAACACUUAUGUUUUUCCAUUAGUAUACACAGAGUAUACACAGAGUAUACACACAGUCACACUUUCGCACAAACUUUUGUUUAUUUGUAUAAACUGCCUCAUAAAGUAUAAAGUUCAUUCCGUUUAUACAGCAUUAUGAAACUUUUUUUUUUUUAAACGGCAUUGCAUGUUGCAUUUCGUUUAAUUACCUUGUUUUUCUUUAAGUCAUCCGUUUCAUGGUAUUUAUGUCUUAAUUAAAAAAACGAACAAUAUCCUAAUCAGGAUGUCCUAUGGCAAUUAAGGUCAUACUUUCACUGUGUUUUUUCCUUAAACCAUAGCUAAAGCAUUUUAUUGGUAUAUGAGUGUGUUAAUAGGUUUAUAUUAUGCUCUACUUCUGUCUCCGGCAUCUCAUGUUCCUAAUUACACUAGGCUGUAUAUAAAUAAGAUGACAAUUAAGUAAGUUUUUCCCUCCUGUUAAAGAUCGUACAAUUACUGUUACUGAUUGCUAAGGGGCCUUAUGGGUUAAAUACACCACAAAUAUAUAUAUAUAUAUAUAUACACACACCCUCUAGUGGAGGGACAUGACUAUCAAUAAACAAACGUUACCCAACUGAUCGCAUAACAUUUCAACGAUUCGUCUCUGCCGUCAGUAGUCAUGGUACGGGUAGUAAUUAUUGUACAGUUAGAUAAUCAUGGUGUUAUAAUUGAAAUAUCAACUGGUAAUGGUUAUGGUGUUACAAUUAUAAUGUCGUACAGUAGUUUUGGUGACGUCAAUGUAAUGUCGGUAGUUAUGGUGUCAGUCAGUAGGUAGGGGGUUGUGCGAAAUUAUACACUUUACACACUUUUUACUAGACCGCUAAACACCAAAAACUCAAACCUGUUAGCCAGAUACGGAUCGUUCUUUCCACUACAGUAUACGUUAUACAGGACAAUCAGCAGGUACGUUAACGAAAUUAAACCAGUUUGGGUUAGGACAAGGUUUAAGCUCUCGCUAAUUUAGGUAUGGUCCCGUAGGCCUCCUCGCCUAUAAGUCAAGUGCUCCCGCAAGGCAUACAAUCAGCCUUCCGUUCAGAGGUUCGAGCCCAAUCGGCCCAACGCAUAGUUAUAGCCUUGCAUCAAGUCAUAGUUAGGGCCUCACCCGUCACGGCCAAUCAAUUUUACAAUCUUUUACAUGGCACUCAGAGGCCAACACCCCGCCACCCACCUCAGUGGCACAAAGGGCCCACGAGCCAAAUCGUAGGUAGAGCCUCUCAAAGCCACUUGGCAAGUAGUCAGGGCGUCACCUGUCGCCAACAUAAGCUAGUUAAUACAAUUUCGCCUGUAGGCACUACUCUAGUAAGCUGGGUCACUACAGAUCUAUACGGUACCUUACUAAGCAAGUCAUCUGCCGCACUUCCUUAGCAUGUCUAACGCUUCUGUACAAAGAGACGUUCUGUCAGUUACCAGCACCCAUCUCAGUUCAGGCUCGCAGAGAGUACUAUACAAACACCGACUGGGGUUCAGUUACAAACGGAAUGGUUUCUAAGGCAUUUUUCGGGUCUCAAAACACCUUCCUGCGCCAUAAGCUCAGCAACAGCCAUAUAAUCAAAUUACGUCCUGGAAACGUAGCUAUUCCCUCUACCAGUAAGCCAACGCUGAUUAUCAGUCCAACACAUCCCAGAGGGAUUUUGUUAAGACAAAGUAGGCAGCCAAUUUGUUUUCUAGGGAAAGCACAAGUCUGCAAUAAUUUCAAUGCCGGUGGUUGUAGUUAGAGUACUGGUAGGCUUCUUCACGUGGGCUCACUUUGUUUCAGUGCACACGCUAAAAAACAAUGUGCUCCUACAGGCGGUACCCUAAAAUCUUCCACCCCAAUAAACCUUCCUAAUCUACAACGCUACCUGUCUACUCAUCCUUCUUUACAUCUGGUAGAAUUUCUCACGUCUACUAACGGGUUUUACACAGGGUUUGUGUCACUCCACAUAGGUAUUUGGAACACCCAUCCUACAGUCAGCACUCACAGUUCCCAUCAGAAUACAAAACUCUUACUUAAAGGGACACUGUAGUCACUAUAACCACUUUGUCUCUUUGAACUGGUUAUAGUGCCUGGAGUGCCCUGGCACUGUCCCUCCAUUCAGUGUUGCACCAUGUUUGUGCAGUAUGCCAGAAAAUAAGAGUCCCUGGCCACCCACAGUCCGGCCCCUUCAGUAUGUGUAGCUAAAGCAGAGAUUACACACUUCCUUGUUGUCAUACCCAUCCAUACCGUCAGUUGGAGCUCUGACAGGUUAAAAGCAGUCAGCUGACACUCUCAGCCAAUCACAGCUGCCCAUUGCCUCUCAGGGUAAUACUUCCUUAUUGGCCAAAGCAGCACAGAGGGGAUGGACUGCCGUGGUCUCUUGUUUAGCAUUAAAAUAUUACAACAUUAAAAACUGUUUAAUGCUGAAAGAAAUGAUGGCACCAGGGGACUCCAUACACUAUAACCAGUUUAAUGAGAUGAAGCAGAUACAGUGCCUACGGUGUCCCUUUAAUGAAAUCACCAACGGUUUCUUGAUAGGGCCUUUCACAACACUACCUUUACACCUCCUGGAGCACAAACCCCUAGGAAUCACCUCAGGAAUUUUACAUUUUAAAGAGACUUCUCAUUGAUUUUUCUGCACCUCACUCACCCACUUCUCCUAGCUUAAAGGACCACUCUAGGCACCCAGACCACUUCAGCUUAAUGAAGUGGUCUGGGUGCCAGGUCCAGCUAGGGUUAACCCAUUUUUUCAUAAACAUAGCAGUUUCAGAGAAACUGCUAUGUUUGUGAAUGGGUUAAGCCUUCCCCCUAAUCCUCUAGUGGCUGUCUCAUUGACAGCCACUAGAGGCGCUUGCGUACUUCUCACUGUGAUUUUCACAGUGAGAGCACGCCAGCGUCCAUAGGAAAGCAUUAUGAAUGCUUUCCUAUGUGACCGGCUGAAUGCGUGCACAGCUCUUGCCGCGCGUGCGCAUACAGCCGACGGGAGGAGAAGAGGAGGAUCGGAGGAGGAGAGCUCUCCGCCCAGCGGUGGAAAAAGGUAAGUUUUACCCCUUUCCAGAGCCGGGCGGGAGGGGGUCCCUGAGGGUGGGGGCACCCUCAGGGCACUAUAGUGCCAGGAAAACGAGUAUGUUUUCCUGGCACUAUAGUGGUCCUUUAAAUACACUUUGUCUGUGGGUUUACACUCAGUUCUAUUUCUAUGCAGGCCAACCUGCCACAAGGGUAAGUAGAUAGAAUUAUUUCUUACAUCAACAUCUGCACGUCACAAGACACUUGCACCAGGAAUCAGCUACAGUCACUACCCGGUUCACUCAAUUUUGCGGGGAGAAUAAUUCCACAAGGUAAGUCUUUAAAUUCCAGAAUCCUCUCUCUCUGGCAUGGUCUCCCUGUCGACGACUCCACAGCUCCCUUAGACAAACCAGCUAGAGCCGAUAUUAAGAAGGUGGCGUCUGUUCCUGUCCUCUUGGAAUGGCAGGUCUCUACUUCCCCGUUUCUGACGAUUCCCCUGUGGUCCGGACUGACGCAUCAGGUGCCGUAGAUUAGGCAGCAAAUUUUGGUUACAAAUGGGUACACGUCUCUUGGCUUGAGUCUACCUCGCUAGUAAAUUUCAAUACCACCUCAGCAAUAUUUGAAUCUAGGAGUUUUAUCUGGCUAGCGGCAAAUCUUCAAUUCUGCAUAACUUAUGUUCACUAAUCCGGGUAUUCAGGAUAAUGCAGCUGACGCUCUCCCACACUCUAAUCAGGCCUAAUUAUGAGUUAAAUACUCUGUUGCUCCAUAGUAGGUCGCUCGCACAGGCUGGUUAUACCUUAAUUUAAGAAAGCCUAUUCCAAGAGCGUAUCAGUUGUUUAAAGAUUUGUUUGUGUUUAUUGUGUGAUAAAUGUUUCUAUUUGUAACUAUGGUCGCAUUUACAACUUUUGCCACUUUUCUCCUAAAUUAGUUUACAAUACUAUCAAACCUUACUUCACAGGCAUACACAUUUGUCUAUUACUCAUACCAAAAUGAGCCAUACUGGUCCUCCAGUAGAAAUGAAAUAUUACCCUACCUCUACCAAAUCAGGUCCUAUCCACGUUUUGGAUAAUCUAUUGGAAUCUCAACUCACUUCCAUCCCCGAUUCCCCACUAGUAGCGGAAACCCCUAACCAAUAAACGUUUUAUGCUUUACAUUCGUACGAUAUCACUCUGACUAGGACAUAACCCUCAUUCCUUCUCGGGCCAUUUAUUCCGCUUUGGACCAGCCACAGCUGCCUCCGGUAAUAGCGUACCAACUCACAUCAUUAAAAUAUGGGUCGGGGGAAAUCAUCCGCAUACAACAAAUACAUCCCAAUCCCGAGAAAUAAAUAAGAUUGGCUUUCUGUGAAAUGUCUAAAUAAUGACCUGCUGAAUAAAUGUAUCUGACUUGUAAGAUUCGCUUCCUAUAGUUUGACAUUUUUUACAGGUCUAACCUCACGUCAGUUUCGGCACACCUCAACUGACUUUGCUAUUACUAAUAUUGCUUCUUUAUUAUUGUUCCUUACGUCCUCGAAAUGUGCCGUACACAAAUAUAUAUAUAUAUAUAUACACUGUACAGUGUGGCAUAUGCUGAGUAUCAAUUCAUUAGCAACAUAGUUGUGGAAGACUAAUAAACUUGAAAUAAAGUGCCCUGAGUGAAAGAUGUUUUAUGUUAAAUUUGUGAAUACAGGGGAAGGGGGAUCCGAUGAGUUCUAUGUGAUUGGAUAACAGAACAUCUAGGAUAAACGACUGCUCUGAAUGGACAGUAACAUUGAUUUCUAAGAAAGACAGUCAGUACAGUUACUCCUUGCCUUUACACUUACUUAAUAACCUUGGGCAUAUUAUCAAGGCCUAUCCCUGUCUGCCCAGUACCGUGGUAAUGUGUGGGGCCUCAGUGGUUAACCUCUCAAGUAACCAUAACUUGACACACCGAAAUCUCUUUUAUGUUUAACUCACCCAACCCUGUCAUUUCUCUGUGACUGAAUGUUUGCAAUGAUUGUCUGCGUGCAAUCAAGGGGGCGUGUAAGUAGCCACGAUCCCCCUUGCUCAGCAUACCAUCCCCAUAAUGACUUGGGGCUGACCACGUGAUCGCAAUAUGAUCAUUUUUCCAAACUUUGUUACUAAAAUCCUCACAUUAAAAACACUUGUUUUUAUUAAUUAAAUAUAUUUUAGACACUAAUUAUGUUGCUAUGUUACUUUGCUUUUAUGUGAUUUAGUUUGCUUUUAUGUGAUUUGUACUGUACCUAUGUCUUAUGCAAAUGACGUCAUUUUGGCGCCAAAAUUUGAAUCAACAAUUGAUUACAAAGCUUAUAAAACUCUUCAUGAUCCAUGUAAUAUACUCAUCCAAGAAUCCUUAGGUGGGGAUUAAACCACCAAUACUAUCAUAGUGAGCAGUAUUUCCUGCUCACUCGAAUGUGAGUAUAAUACCGUUUUAUUAUCAUCAUUUUAUCUAUUAUAUACAGAGAGCACUAUUUUCUGCUGUUUCUCUCCUUACAUCGAGACCUUCUUCACCUCAAGCUACAUAUCAUCUACCACCACCUACAUCCUACCAGUGGGGGAUUGACGCCACUGAACGCUAUCCACACCUGAGCUUGGAGUAGCUCUAAAAUAGGUGAGUGGAAAUACCACCCUGCUGUGAAGUUUCCCUUUCCAUUCCACUGUUUGAUGCAGUAUACACUAUUGGAGUCUCUCUUUUUUAUUCACAUAUUUCAAUCUGAACUAUGAGAACCUGACCACAAUACAAACAGACAUAUAUCUAAUUCAAGCUCCUGCAAGUCAACCUGGUUUCUUACCUGCUCAUUUAAUAUAAGGACUAUUGUAUAUUUUGCUCUGCCUGAUAUAUGUAAGUACAUUUCUGCAUUUCAUAUUACUUUACAGUUUACUUGUGGCGCGACCUAUUUUCGUUUGUAUUUGUGUAUACCUGAACUAACUCCUCUUCUUUUCUGUAUGGCCUGAAUCAAAUGCCUCAAUAAAAAAAAAAAAAAGCAGAUUGACAAAGAAAGAAAGUCAGGGAUAUUUACUAAAGUGAAUUUCAAAUUCAAGGUAAAAAUAGCCCAACUGGAGACCGUCGCGAAGUCAACUAUUCUUCAGUUUCAGCUACUAAAAGAUAACAUUUACUUGGAAUUCUCACUUUCAUUAAUAACCCUUUGUACUCCAGAAGAUGGAAGUUUGGGAGUUAUGUUGUUACCUAUUCAGGAGACACAGUAACAAAACCUGCCCAAAUUCUAGAUGUAAAAUUCGUGAAUGAAGGUGUAGGGUGCAUGUAAUGAAGGGAGAGUCCUUGAUUUACAAGAACUGGUAUGCUGAUUCAUAAAGAACUUGCCAGGACACACAGCAAUUGAUGGCACUAAGCAAUUCCUUAUCUAAUUAUUGAGGGAGGGAGAUGUAAACCUUCCAGUAAUUUUAAUGAAAGGUUACCUCUUUCCCUUUUUUUUCCCUGGUGUGGCAAACAUAAAAAUUAAAUCAACAAAAUAUUAUUGAUAUAUCUGAAUAUGAAGUUAAAGUUUUUACAUAGACAAAACGUAAGAGCUGGACAACUAAAUGUUGUAUUAUGGAUGUAAAAGCCAUCUCUUCUGAUUGCUGAACAAUGUGUGUUGCCAAAGCAACGGGAAAAAAUUCUUCAAAGUGUCUGAGUUGUUAACAUGAGCUUAAAAUUGUCGAGGAAAGAAUUCAUCAACACACCUGUUUAAUAUGUGAGAUCUGGGGUAUGGAACGUUUUUUUUUUUUUGGGAGAUUUGGAGACCAAGAACAUUGGGACAUUAUUAUUAUUAUUAUUUUAUUAUUUAUAUAGCACCAUCAGAUUCCAUAGCGCUGUACAAUGGGACAUACAGUUAAACGACAUAGGAGUAUCCUAUUUUAAUUCUUAUUUAUGAAAGUGCCAAUUUCUAGGAAAUAUCCAAAAUUUUAUAAUUAAAUUAUGAAACACCAUGAAAGAUUAAUAUUUAUUUAUUUAUAAAAUAUUUCACCAGGAAGGAUACAUUGAGAUUUCUUUCGCUUUCAAGUAUAUCCCAAGAUAUGUCUAUCUAUCUUUCUGUCUGUCUAUCUGUAGGUAAUUUCAAGUAGCCUUGUAAAACUUAAAACUGUAUUUUUGUUUUUGUGUGUGCGCUGUUCCUUAAAUUGUAUUUUUGUCUGUCUGUCUCUGUCUGUGUCUGGUUUUCUUCCUGCCUCUGUCUGUCUUUCUUCUUUAUCUGCUUCUUUGCUCUGUCUUUCCUGUCUCUCUUUGUCUGUGUAUAUCUCUAUGUGUCUCUGUGUUAGAUCUUCUGUCUAUCAUCUGUCUGUGAUCAUCUUUUUGUGAUCAGAGUAACCUGCUGUUGUUUAUAGCUUAUGUAACUCUGUAUACGGAGGUUGCAAUCCCCACACUACUUUGUUUGUGAUUGCUAUUUUAGUAACCGUCCAAAAAUAUAUUCUGGUUGCGACAUAAAAUGCCUUCACGAAUGAAGGAAAGUCCAGAUUUAGAGGGAAGUUGAUUUGCACGUAUAAAAACAAUAAAUGAUCUAACUGCUAAAGACUGUUUCGAAUAGUUGACUAAUUGAAAAAAAAAAUAUUUCCUAUUGGUCAAUACCUUAAUUUAUCAGAAGUUUUGCAUACAAUGGAGAGGAUCUCAGCAAAAAGAAAAAUCUAGGUUUACUCACUAAUAUGUGAAAUGUUGGGAAAUCAAAGGAAUUAAUUUGCUACAUUCGUUGUAGCGUAUUGAAAUCCUGAAGGCACAAUUUAGUCUAAAACAGUCAAUUUGAAACCAUAGUCCCAUUUUACAUUUUUGCUGAAUUUGUUGGCGCUUUAUAAAUAAUAAUAAAAAUAAUUAUUGCUGGUAAAAUGUUCUAUUCCACUACAGACUCUAAGUGAAUUAACCCCUUAGUGAAUAAUCCUGAAUUAAAUCACAGUCCCUAAAUCCUGUUAUUAGAAAAGGCUUUCGGUAAUUUUUAGCGAUCAAACAAUAUGUCUUUAGGGUAUAAAGAAUAGUCAAUACAUUGUUAAACACAGAUCCACACACACCAGUCAAGCCAUGAGACUUGCUUUUCAAACAGAAAUCUUGAAUUUGCAGUGAUAUUACUACUGCAAAGGAUUCUGGGUGAGCAUAUGCAAACCCAUAUAUUGGCAGCUGUGUUAGGCCACUUUGUUGGGCACCCUAUAAUCCUGGCACGCAUGCAGACCACCAAGAUAACGUGGCCCCCUUAUAGCGGGCACUUUACUAUUGGUGCAAACUGCGGUUGUGCAAGUCCUGUUCCCACCUGUCCUGGUCUCAGAGAUGCCAAACGUGACAGAGACAUUCAAUGGGAUGCCUGCAUGCACACAUAUGUUUACGACACUUAUCGGGAAAGAGGAAGGAAACUUUACAUAUGUUAUAGAAUCUCUGAAGAAUGUGUCAACAUUAUCCAAAGAGUUUAGCAAUCUGUGAGGGUACUUGUUAUCUGCUGACCUGAAAGUGCACUCCUCUUAUCUGAUCAAUAUAACCCGUCCCUCCCAAUUUGUUUUAUACAUGGGAUUGAAGUAGUUACACAUUCUGAAAACAUAUUUAAUUAUAUAUAUUAACACAAAGCCUUCAAACCCAUUAGACUUGGCACACACUAACAAGGAUUAAGAUCAAACACGAUUCCUCCUACUAAUCCUGCAGCAGUUGGAAUAAAAGUUGCAUUGAAAAAGGAACUGUUGCUCACUAACUUGUGAGGAAGAUAAAUGUAUAACCUGUUGGAAGAUUGUGCCCCUAUUUGAAACAAACUUUCAAAAAAAAAUUAAAUGCAUAACUAUUAUUAUUGUUGUGUUUAUUUAUAUCAUGGGUAGUCAACCUUUUAAUAUCUACCACCCACUUUUGUAUCAUUGUUGAUGGUAAAAUUUCCUUACCGCCCACCAGUGCCGCAGUAACUAAUUUUACGGCACAAGUCUCUAUAUGUACUGAAAAUAAUCUAUUUUCUUCCUUUUUUUCCUAUUUUCUAUUCUACUUUUUUUCUAUGUGUAUCUGUGAGGUGCUGUGUGUGUGUGUUGGUGUGUGAAGAAUGUAGUGUGUGUGAGAGGUGCAGUGUGUGUCUGAGGGGGACAGUGCAUGUGUGAAGGGUGCAGUGCAAGGUUUACCACCUCUGAUUUAUAUAGUUCCAACAUAUUAAGCAGUGUUAUACAAUAGGCAUCCUGGUCCCUUUGUGUGUCUUUUAUUUCCCAGAUCCCCUUUGUAUGUCAUUCUCCCUCCAGCCCCUCUGUGUGUCUCUUUCUACCAUCAGCUCAUUUGAAAUAAUAAAAUGAUUUGGGGGUUUACUCACUAAACAUUGAAUUUAACGAUUUGAAAAACAAAUUGCAAAUUGUAGGUGAAAAUACCCAAUUUGGAACAAUUAUCUAACUCAGAUAUAGUCACAGCUGAUUCACUACAUUAGCCUGAAUUUUCCGGGGAUAUUCAAUAUACUUUGAGUUUUAGUGAAUUAAAUCUGAAUAGCUAAAUUCAGACUUAAAUAGAUGAUUUCGUAAAAUUCUCCAAACUCAUAUACAGUUGCAGACAGAGUUUGGCUAUUUUAGCCUCAGUGUUACCAUUCAAUUUUAAUUCUCUAAAAUGUAUUUCAGCUUUUAAUAUCCUACAAUUUGCUGUUUAGUGACUAAAAUAUUUUACGGUUCAUUUACUUUGACGGGAAUUGCAGAGAAUUGAAAACCAAAUCGCGAAACGUAUUUAUUAAACCUUAGAUAAAUUUAUCAAAGUUUUUUUUUUUUUGCCAAUUGUCAUUCUUUAUUGAAUAACCCCCUUUCCCCCUCCCACCUCCCCUGGUCGAUGUAGUAUAUCCUAUUAAUAAAAUAACAGGAAAUCAACAAUUAAAACAUGUUUGACUAUAAGGGGAAAACCCUGGCUGCUACACUAUCAAUCAAGCAUAGAAUUUCCUCCUGCUGUCAUUGAGGUCGGGCUUGUACAUCACCGUAUGUGUCACUGUAUUAUAAUUGGUGAGGCAUUUCCAAAUUCUGCAUGAGGUUCUUAAUAAAAAGCAGAUCUCGCCUUCCCUGCUCACAAACAAACACGAGAGAUUGGAAAGAUGCCUCAGAGAGACAGGAGUGGGAGCGACCGUCAUCCUUUGGAAACCACAGCCAUUGGAUACUUACAGAAUGGGAAACACAAGGUAUUGCCCGAAAGACACCGACCUCUUCAGGAUAUAAAAUAUUAUUCUCCGCUUAUGAUGGUUGUAUCUUUGUGAUAGCAUGUUUCUUAUAUUUUCUAGGUUAAUGGAAAGGCAUUAGCUUGGUGUCUUUGCUUAUUCACCAUGUGUACUGCGCUGUGGCAUAUGUUGGCGUUUUGUGAAUCAUAACAAAUUGGCAUUUUUGUGCUUUAUCAGAGUUAUUUACUAAGUGAAUUACAAAUUUAAGGACAUAUUUAAGUAGCUGAACUGAGAUCAUAGCUAACUGAGAUAACUCUUCCACUUUGGCUAUUUUUAACCUUACAUUUUAACUUACAUUUGAAAUUGACUUUGAACUGACCUUGACCUAUUCGAAUGUAGGGGUUUAUACAUGAAAUAUUGUGUGUUGGAAGGACCUGGCGAAGAAACAAAUACUAAUAUAUAUAUUUGUGUUUGUUUUUAUAUAUAAAAGCAUUUUAGAGAAUUUGUUUUAAAAAAACUUUGAACUAAAUUUCAGGAUUAUUUACAAAAGUUUGAAUUGUGUGAAGUGUGUGUGGGGAUUUCUUUCUGUGAAAAGUGUUUUUUUUGUUUUUUUUAAAUUUGGGGCAGGAUAGCCCAGUUAUGAAAUAUAGUCGCUUGGAGACAUUUGCAGUUUUUUCUAUUUUGGUCCAAAAUUUGAAAGUCCUAUGGAUGCCCAACCACUGUUUUAUACAAACCGUUCUUGAGUGGUUAAACAAAUACAGGUUUCUCCUGGUACCUUCAGCCCAUCGCCGCCACUGCGCAGGUAAUGCAUAUAUUACAUUUGCAUUAGCCCAUGCUAAUGAUAGGUUGAUAGCGCCGGGGGUGGGUUAGCAAAUUAAUUUUUUGUUAAACACAAAAAUUGUAUUUCUGUUUUUUUACUAAAUCACUAAUUUUAAGCCAAAGUAGUUGAGUCUGGAAAAAAACCUGUUGCAAUGGAUAAUUUUCUAGCUUUGGCAAUAGUUACCUAAAAUGUCAAUUUAAGUGAAUAAAACGUAUUUCUACUGAAAGGAAGGCAGUGCCGCUUGUAUUAGCCUUGUAUAUAUUUUGUCAUUAUAUUUACCAGAAUGGGUAAUCAACACAGUACUAUUAUCUUACUGAAAAAGGCAACAACUCCUAUCAUGUUUAGCCAGUCAAAUUAAGGGAACGACUACUUCCAACUACUGUUCUAUUCUAAACAAUUGGGAAAAUGCAAAGGGUACAUAAAGUUGUCAUAAAUGCAAAAUAUAUAGAAAACAGUCUUGUUAAAAAGUUAAAGGGACACUAGUGUUUAAACACAAAAAAUAAAAAUCACUGUUUAGUAAAUGUACCCCAGUGAAAAUCUACAUGUAUUUAAUUAUGCAUUAUUUUCAUUGGGGCUAUAAAUCUAAAAACAUCUAGCAAAAGACUGCAGUUCUCUUGUCUGCAGCUUUGCAAGCCCUCCCCUUCAUCACCUGCCCAGACUUUCUGUGGCUGUCCAAUCACAGGCUUCCCAAUGCAGCUCAAUGAGGAUUUUUUGCAAGGCAGGUGCUCUGAGCAAUUUCUGCCUCUUGAGUUUAGCUCCACUGAGCUAACCAAACCAGAAAGUAACAUGAGCAGUUUAUGAUUGACAGCCAGGGGGUGUAAACAGGUUCAUUUGUAAAAGUGACAAUUUCUAUUUACAUUGAUCAAAUGAAAAAGAAAAGAGAGCAAUCUUUUCACAAAUGAAGCACCACAGCAAGCUGAAUUGUUUUAGGGGUCUGGAAUGUGGCCAGAUUAGAGAACUUUUUAUUUAGUGUAUAGUUUUCAUUUCCAAUUGCCAUCUCAUCCCAAAGUGCACAGUUAUCAAUAGCACUAUGUUUCAAGUCUGCAUAAAAACCAAGGUAAAUGACGUUUCAGGAAAAAUGUAUGUUGCGCCUUAGUAUAAAAUUGUGUCAAAUUCACAAACCUUAACCUUUUCUGCUGAGACGCCCAGCUAUGAAUCCACUACUUUCCUGUCAUCCAUGCCUUUCCACUCAUUGAAUCUGAAUCAGAAUUCUUAAUCUUGUAUCUGAGGGUAUAAAUUGUCAGUAAUUUUGUGUUUUGUUUUGUUUUGUUCCUGUAAUUAAUGUUUUAUUGAGAUUUAAAUGCAGUACAAGCAAUGUUGAGUCAUGUUGUGCUUUUUUUCUUGCAGUAUAACAUGUUCUCGGUACUCUGGUCUGACCGUAAUGAAAUCCUUAUCUAUCGCACAUUUGAAGAUUUCAAGAAACUCAGUGUAAGUUUGGCAAAACCGAUGCUCUCCCAAAUCUGGGCUACCGAAAAGAUAUUAAACAAAUAUAAAACUUUGUAAAGGGUUUCACAUUAGACCAUUAUUGUAGAAUUGUAAAAAAAAAAAAAAAAACGGGCAGGAAAAUACUGGAAGGCAAAAUAGUUAACGUUAAUGAAUUUCUCCAAUUUUACUACUUUCUCACAUUCGCUAUUUUGGCCAAGAAUCUACAAUGCUCUGGGUGUUUCCUGACAAUUUUCUGAUUCAGUUAAUAAACCCAUUACAAUUAAUAUCAACCCUGAAUCAAAACCAUCAGAUUUAUGUGCUAAAUAUUAAAACCAUGAAGUAUUCUUUGAAAACAAACAUCAAGAUUUUUUUUCUUUUUGCACUACAAAUAAAGGUUUUUCUAUGGAUUGGGUUCUUCUCGGUUUUAAUUUGGACUAAAAGAAUUAGAAUCAGCUAUAUAUAAAUUUUAGCAAUUUAGUUUUCAAUUCACUAUUACUACUGCCUCUUUAAAUGCUCACUUGUUAUGCGUGUGUUUGUGUCAUUUUGAAAUGUAUUUCUAAAAAGAGAUGAAUAAAUUCUACCUCCGCCCUUUCAAGUAGCAGCUAGUACAUUUCGACACUCGUAAUUGAAGAAAAAGCAAUGCAGACAAUUAACUGAAUUCAAACAACAACAUAUAUCAAAGUUGCUGAAAACUAAAUUAAAUAUUUAACGCCCUUUAAUAGUUUCCUCAAAUGCAGUGAUGGGCUGCAGAGAAACAGAUUUCUUUGCAUCCUCCCCUCCCAUGUGUGCAGGAGCCUACAUGCCUCAAUCUGGCUAGGGAGGUUACUAAGGGUUUCUCCAACCAUGACUACUUUAGUAAUUUGAAGUGGUAAUGGUGGUAGGAGUAAGUAUGUGCAGUGUUCAGCUUGAAACACGGCACAUACUAAAUUAUCUGCCCUUGUGUGCCGCAGGCUAGUUGCACCCCCGGAGCAUAUGACUUAGGAUGCCCAGAACGCUGUUCCAGACUGCCUAAUGUAAAUUCUGUGCAUAAUUUGCGUCUGCUGUCAGCGAGCACAGUGCACUGGCGACAGAAGUGAUGGCUUUAACCCCUUAAGAACGUCUGGAAUAAAAGGGAAUCAUGACAUGUCCACACAUGUCAUGUGUCCUUAAGGGGUUAAGGUAACUAAAAUUUAUUUCAAAACGAUUUUCAGCUAUAAUUUUUUUUUUUGUGCAGGAGUGGGUGGGAUCAUAUAGAAUAAAGCCCCAAAAGUAUUAUUUGCAGAUGGGGAAAAAAAGGUUGGAGAGGACCUUUAAGGCACGUUUCUGGGUUUUAAUAGCAAAAACGUUGUUUACGCCAAGCAUUUGUCCCUAAUUAUUUGUGCUUGUAUAAAGUCACAAACUUUACAAUAGGAUGGCAUUUGCAGUAUUUGCAUUUUCCGAAUAUAGAUUAGUCCUCACAUACCUGUACACAGGGUUUCAACCAUUUACAUUUUAAGAUGCAGUUUGUCUUAAAAUACCGUUUUUUUGUCAUUUAUUUUUAUUUCAUAUGCCAAGAAAAUACAUAUUGUGCUUCGUUAAAAAAAUGCACAAUUAGCUAUGACAAGUAUCCUUCUACUGUAUGUCAUUAAACUGUACUAUAUUAUAUUGCCUGAUGGUACAUUUAAUCUACGCAUAGAGACGCCUCUCACUCUACUUAAUUUAACUUCUCGGCAACAUGCACGCAUUCUCUUUUAGAACACACAAGAUUACCAGCACUAGGCUUACUCAGCUUGCUUUAGCCCAUACUGUUUGAAUGUUUAUAAUUUUAUCUCAUUUGUAUAGACCUUCUUAAAAGAUAGCUAACUGCCAUAUGUUCACUUAACCUAGACGUACCUGACUAGCAUAUUAUAAUCUCUACAUACAUCUUAAAUUCCGUCAUGGAGAUUCAUCAGUUAAGUUAAGCUUGUUUAUAUAUAACAAAAAAUGUGCAGCUACUCAUGCCCCUGUAUAACCUGUAUAUCACUAUGUACGCUGUUGUGGCGUUUGUUGAUGAUCUGUAUCCACCUGCACACAAAAAAACAACAAAAAUAAAACCUGUGUACAAUAGAGUGGUUAAAGAAGCAUUAAAUGAUAAUGUGACAAAAAUAUACAAAUAUUUAAACUAUAUCAAUAUUUAACAUGGUCAAUACUGCACCUAAUAGUAUGACACUAACGCUUUGGUUUCAUUCUCUCUUUUAGCGGGAACUAAGAAAAAAAUUUCCACUUGAGUCAGGACUCUUCCGCAAGUCAGAUAAUUUCAUUCCCAAACUGAAAGGUAAUUUAUUUUCGUCUUUGUAAGUUAAAAAGGUAUUACAUCACACUUGAUUUCCCCAGCUGCUUAUGCACUUCACGGGGAAUAGUAGGGUAUUUAAUAUAUUGAUCCACCUACUUUGCUUCAGAAAUAAUUUUUAGUAAAUAACACUGAUAAUCCAAAAGGCGAACGUGUGGAUGAAAUAGCCAGGCCGUAACCUAAACUGAGUGGCAUGGAUUUUUUCAGAUUUUUGCGGGUUAAAUAGCCCUGUGUGUCUCAAAGACUGCCAGAGUUUUUCACUAAACAGUAAGUUUUGGGGAAUUGACCAAGGAAUUUAUAAUUUUAGGACAAAAUUGCAGAGUCAAGACAAGUUCCCAAUUCAACCAUAAAAUGUCAGUCAAUGACCAGUUACCUUCAAUUUACGGCUAAGUGAAACACAAUAGAGCUUAGUGGGCUGUAAUGGUAGAAAUGUCUCCAGGCCAUCCAGUGAUUCACAGCCACAAUUAGAGUAAAACCGGUUCUUAAAUGAAUAUAAUUCUUGUUUAUGAGGUUUCUCACAUAGCUUCACACCUAUUGGUCAUCACGUAUUAAAUCUAUUUGUAUUCAUUUCUAUCCACAGAUGUUCCAAUAUUCAGAAGGAAUAGGAAUUCAAGUCGUUUCAUUGAAAGGCUCAGACUGCUGGAGAAAUAUUCUCAGGAGCUUCUCAAAUCUGAUCAAAAGAUCUCCCAGUGCGAAAAUGUUGUGAAAUUCUUCACUCCCAAGAGCCAUGAUCUUAAUCCAACUUUUCACGAAAAUAGGUCAGUUGGUAGUUUGACAUUUUAUUCCUAGUGCUAAUUAUCACUCAAAAUCCAAAAAUAAUGGUAACCAUGUUCAGAUUCUAGGAAAGGUAGUUGUCCAGAGUAGGACAAAAAAAACCUUCAGAGACCACCAUCAGUUGCAUCAAACCAAGAUUUAGGAAAUACUCAUUUCUGUCCAAUUGGGGAUUCUGGUAAAACCUGGACCAUUUCUGGUACUUGGUGAUGCAUUUUAGAACCAUUUUCUUGUAAAAUAAUACCUUAGUUUUGUAAAAAUUAACAAAAAACACCUACAGAGUGAACUGCUGUUUACUUCAAUGAUAACUUUACAUUUUAAAUGGACAUGCAUCUCUCAACAUUUUCUUUAACCCCUUAAGGACACAUGACGUGUGACAUGUCAUGAUUCCCUUUUAUUCCAGAAGUUUGGUCCUUAAGGGGUUAAACCAGUAGGCACUUUUAAGCAAAUAUACAAACCAAAAAUAUGCUUUGAAAAGUAUGUAAUAAACAUGUAUAAAUUUACUAUAAACUUGGUCAUAUUGCAUUGUUGGACAUUGAUGCCUCUCAGCAAGUGGUGUUCCUACACCCCUUCCCAUCUAACUCACCCCAUAAUCCAGUCCAGACCAGUCUACUAAUGACAUAAACAGGACAUAAUUGUGUAGCAGCAAAAGCUCCUCAUUCUCCCCAAAAUGACUAACAUAGCCUUGAGAAAGAAACUUGACCCAGGAGCCUGCUCUGCAUGAUCACAUUGAUCAGACUUCCUCUCUUCUACCCCUAUCAGGAUGUUGCAAGGUGAAGAGAUCUGUCAUGAAGACCUAACACACUCUUCCAGCAUUCCUAGGGAUAGGACACCGAUUGGUUAGAUCAGUGCCUCUCCUGGAGAGGGUGCACUGAUCUAAAAAAUGAACAUAUUUACCUGAUUUUCUCAGCUUGCAUUGUGAUACAACUGUCUCAAAGUGAGGCAAUUGUCCCUUAAAAGGAUAUGAUUUUUAUUUUGGCAUAACUGAUGUAAAGUUUCUAAAAUAUUUUACUAGUCCUCAUAUGUCCUAAUAUAAUAUUAAUGGCAAUUGCCCCAUUAGUAACUGUGUCGUAAAAGAACUGUAGUCAUACUUUAAAAUAUUUUGUAGGUCACACAGCUAUGUUUAAAGAGAGAGAGAGAGAGAUGAUAGGCAGAUAGAUAAAUGGUUCCUAACCUAGUCCUCAAGACAUUUCAUUUAGUUAGACAUUUCUCAGAUCUGUUCCAGUACAGGUACUGACAAAAACAUGGAUUGUUGGUGUGCCUUGAUUACUUCACUUAAAGCCAGUGAGACAGACAAACAAUUAAUUAAUUAGAUCUAGAACUAUUAUAUUAUAUAACUUAAGCAGACAUGUGUCUUAUGUGCUAAUUUUUCUAAAUAUUGCUUUGCAGCUUGGUGAUCAUGCCCUCAGAGACAAGGAUACCAAAAAAAGAGAUCCCAAGACUACCUGCGGAGCCCCCAUGCCCUGGGCCUAUUAUAUCUCAACAAUACGUGUGUAUAGAAGACUACGAGACUAAAGACACAAAGAACAGAGCCUUCAAAGUGAAACGCAAUGAGCUUCUGGGAGUUCUAGUGAAGGAAAGCUCAGGUACUGGUUCACAAUUACUACCAGGGUAUUAGUAAUCCAGGAUUAGAACAUUUUUUGUUAUUCAUAGACAUCAACGUCAACAUGAACCAGUUGUUGACAUUUCUCACUUUCCUUUUCAGGGUGGUGGUUGGUAGAAAAUGAGGAGAAACGGGUGGCUUGGUUUCCUGCUCCGUAUCUCAAAGAUCCUGAAAACAAUGAGACCGCAAACUCAACAACGGAUUCUGACUAUGACGGUAAGUUUAGAUUAUUCAUGAACGCUGAUAAUUGUAAGGUAGUGUUUCAGAAAAUCAGAUUAGUCAUCAAUAAAUCAGGUUUUAUGUUUAAUUUCAUGUAAUGCACAUUGCCAUGCUUCAUUAUUUAUUUAUCCCUAUAAUAAAUGUUAUUCUUGGAGAAUUCAAUCCAAUAUGGCAAUGGUUCCCAACGCAGCCUUCAUGACAUGCCAGUGGUCCAGGUUUUGUCAUUUUCCCCUUUGGAACAUAAUUUUUAAAUGCAUAAAUUCUGGACUGCUGGUGUAUCAUGAGGACCAGGGUUGGAACCCACAACGAUAUUGUAUGUAGGUGCAAGGUGACUUUCUACACAUACCAUUUUUAGCAGGGCUUUUUACGUCCAUUCUUCCAGCUGUUUUUAACUCAAUACAGUGAGAUAAUGACUUGUUAGAGUUUUUGACCAGACUGAGAAAGUUUAGAUACUUGCCUACAAUCAGUUCAGAAAGAAACAAAGAAUACAGUUAAAUUAAAUCUUUUUAGUAGUUUUCAGAUUGGGAUCGUUUUCUUGUGAGUAUAUGGACAUACUUCAUCUCAUCAUAAUACAUUUAUUUAUAGGUGUAUCCUUUUUAUCUUUUUUUUCAGGAAUCCUUUAUUAUGCAGCAAAAGGUUAUGAAUCCAUGAGCUCUGAUGAGUUGUCCAUCGUUAUUGGGGUUCUAGUAGAAGUCAUUGAGAAGACAAAUAAUGGAUGGUGGUUGGUCAGGUAAGGAGAGGUGCAAGCUAAACUCUAGAAUAUAAUUUCCAGCAUGUAUCAAUGGUAUAAAAAGUUUCCAUUUACAAACAUUAAACUGGAUCUCUUUCCAAUAAAAAAAAUACUCAAAUCAGCUAACAGAACAUAAACACUGUCUGCAUAUUGUAGGUAGCAAGGGUUUUGUUUUAAUGUAUGCCUGUAAGUCUUUUUUUGAUAUUAGACAGGGGGCUGCCAAUAGUUUGUUUUUAAUUUCUGGUCAGUGGCCAUGAUUUAAGUUCAAGUCAGAUUCUAUUUGGUUGAAGCUAUCAAGAAGCCAGUCAGAAUGCAAUUUUUAUUUCAAAAUGUGUUCUAGUUGUUGAGAACUCUGCAUAAGUACAUUAAAACCGUUUAAAACACAGGAAUAAUAAUGGUUACAUUUUCUUUGUUGCAUAAGAACCAGGCACACCUUUAUAAGCCUUGGAGCCCAUAUCUAAUUAAACUUAACAUCUCGCCCAUCCCUUUGCCUGGCAACUCCUAAACAGACACCUCUCCACAUGUUCACCUCCUUUUACUUUCCGGUCCAUCUCGGCCAUUGCCCAUUUCAACCCUUGGUUCUGUAUAACCUGUGUAUGUUCUAUCUAUAAAUAUAUAUAUAUAUAUAUGAUGUGAUUUGUGUGGUCCAUGUAAAAUCUCCCAUUGUUCUGUACCCAUGCAACCAUAUUUGUCCUCUUGGUCAUAGAUUCCCUGUCAGCGUUCAAAUAACCGGCUUGAGGCUUUUAGCAUCUUUGGAGUGAAAUAAUGCUUGAUGUUUUCGAUCAAACCGAACCCAACUUAAUCUGUUUGAUUUUGUCCCCAGGUAUAAUGGAAAAGCUGGAUAUGUCCCAUCAAUGUACCUGAAACCAUACAGUAACUACCAACAACUUCAAACUAUGAUCAAUCACGGCAAAUUAACUUCGACUCCAAACUUAUUUAAAGCAAGUAGUUCCUUAGACUUGAACACAUCAGAUGAGAACUGGAGAUCUGAAGAACCUGGAGUGAAGCCCAGCAAAAAUAAUGCCAUGAAAUUAGACAAAAGGAAAUCUAGAUCUCUGAGUGGCCUCUCUUCAAACAUGCAACGUGAAUUAGCCAAUUCUCCUUCAAUGUAUGGAAAGAUUUCAACAACCACUAGCACAGACUGGAAACCAAAACCUAAUCAAGGAAAGGGCAUCCAGGUUGAGGAACAAGAGACAAUGCCAGAGAUUGUGUAUGGAAACUAUAUUAUCACCACACCGAAGAAGGCUGUAACAGAGGACCUUACCAGCAGAAUGCCUGAUGUUCCUUCUACUGAUCCUUGUCCAAAACCUCCUCGGGUUCCAAAACGGCCUAAGCCACAUGAAAUUCUACACAAAUGCACCACUGUAACUAAGAAUGCUCUGCGGGAGUCAGCUUAA